GUUUAGGUCAGGUGGCUGAAGUCAGGACUCCGCGGGAUGCGGGAGGGCUCGGUGUUCCGCCCCUCCGCCCGCGCAAUGGCGGGACGGCCGCAGCGAGAGGCGUCUGCCUUGUCCGCUCCUGCCCCCGGGGCUGCGAGUGCUUCUGAGGCGCGCGAAGGCGGCUGAGGCGCCGAGCGAAGUGUGAAGGGAGCGCCCGCGCGUUACUGCUGCUGCUGCCACUGACUCCUCCUCCUCCGCUGCCGCCUCGCGCGGCUCCCCCCUCUCAAUUAGCUGAGCUUUGGGGACUUGAGGGCAAAGCCGCCGCUGAGGUAAGAAGUUCAAGGCGGCUCCUCAGUCAGUCAGUUCGCGCCUCCCUCCUCCCGCGCGGCCAGUUCAGCAGGCCAGGUCUUCCCCUCAGCCGCUUCCCGCCAGUCUCGCACUCGGCUCUUUUUUUCCCUUUUUUUUUGCCUCGCUCGCCUUUCUUUUCCCUCACACCCGCUCUCUCUCUGUCUGUCUCUCUGUGUCUCCUCAACUUCGCUGUCCGCCGGACCCGAAGGCGACCCUGGAGACCAACCUCGCGCUGUCGCUUUUGCCCGCUCCCGCAGGGCUGGAGCCGGGGAGUUGCGUGCCCAACCCGGACCCCGCGUCGCCGAAAGGGCUCGGCUCGGCCGCCUGGUGCCUUCAGCCGGACCCGGGCAGGGGCCAGAGCGCUUGGAGCAAGUGCAGCGCCGGCGCCGGAGGAGGAGGCGGCGGCAGCGGCAGCGAGUGGUUCCCGGCGCCCCGGCGGAAAGUUUGCGGCGACGCCAUGGGCUCCGACGUGCGCGACCUGAACGCGCUGCUGCCUCCGGCCGUGCCCUCCCUGCCGGGCAACGGCAACUGCCCCAUGCCGGUGAGCGGCGCGGCGCAGUGGGCGCCUGUGCUGGACUUCCCGCCCGGAGCGUCGUACGGCUCGCUGGCGCCGCACUCGGCCUUCAUCAAGCAGGAGCCCAGCUGGAGCGCCACGGAGGCUCACGAGGAGCAGUGCCUGAGCGCCUUCACGGUGCACUUCUCGGGCCAGUUCACCGGCACCGCCGGAGCCUGCCGCUACGGCCCUUUCGCGCCGCCGCCGCCGCCGCCGCCGCCCAGCCAAGCGCCCGCCAGCCAGGCCAGGAUGUUUCCCAGCGGCCCUUACCUGCCCAACUGCCUGGAGAGCCAGCAAGCCAUCCGCAACCAAGGUAAGGCCGCCGCGUCCAUUGGACACGCCGCGUAUGCGCGCCAGCCUGACUGGCUGCCUCGGGGGUUCUCGCUCGCCUCCCUCGCCGUGAUUGACAGCAAGGGCUGGAAGAUGCUCCUGUCGGACGGGGCCCUCGCUGGACCACAAGCCGGCGGUGGCAAACGUGGGAACCCGAAUCAGAGCCAGGCUCGCAGGCGGGCAGACCUAAUCACCGGUCUGUUGAGCUAGCCCCACUCCCCGCCUUUAGCCACGGGUUGUUACAACUCAGUUGUUACAUAAAGAGUUGGUGUAUACGGCGGCCUGUGUAUAAAUAUCUAGAUAUUUCAGGGGGAAUGUUCACACUGGUGUUCCGUUCACACGUGUGUUCCGACGCACACGUGCUGCAAUGCGAGUCCACGCGAAAGCAAGUACCGUCGAGUUCAAGGGGCGAGUCACACUGCAGCCUUCCUCCCGAGGGAGUGCGCAUAGGAUUGCAGCCGUACUUCGCUGAGCGUACUCCAGCAAUCCCUUGUAGGGAUGUGCAUUGUUGGUUUGACUGCAUUGUAAGUAUACCCCUUCUCAGUCAAAACGACAGCCGUGUCUAUGUGGAAUCGAACGGGAGUUGCUUUUGAAGGAAGAUAAAAAUCGGGUUGCUAGAAAUGUGAAGUUCGGCUGCUCUAAGCAGGCGGCAGGUGAAUACUUCCGAGCUGGGUGUUGGAGUGGGUUAGAUGCCAGUGGCACUCACCCCAUGUAAUUUAAAACGAUAAUUCUAUCUUUUUUUUAAAAAAAUAUCAUCUGAUAGGCGACAAUGGGGCAUGCCUUUGAUUGUGUCCUAUCCAGGUUGCGCUGUGAGUUAUAGUCGUCUCCCCCCCCCCCCCACACACAUGCAGAGAAAUUACUACGAGAUUAAGCGGUUUGAGGGUUUGCGGCUUCAAAACUGCAAUUCAAAGCGUCGGAUUGUGGUCCUGAAGUAUUCGCCAGGUGUAGCAAUUAUGACAUUUAACGCCCCACAUGAAGCUGGAAGGAAGGGAGUGGAAGUUAUCGGGCGCUUCUUCUUUGGGUGCUGCGAUACAGAUUCACCACUGUACAGUCAGUGGAACACUUAGCACUGAUUUUGUGGUAGCUGCCAUUUUUAGUGUUAGCCGGCUGUUCAAGUACCGGAUGAGCAUAAACUCCGCAGACUUUUUUCCUAGCGGCCUUCAAAGAGAUAGAUUCAGUGGUGUUUCAGGAAAACAAACUUCUCCACCCUAGUAGCGAUGUUGAGUUCAACAGGACUUACUUUCUUCUAAUAACUGCACUUAAGGAAUGUAGUUGUACAUAAGAUUGCAGCCUAAAUGAGUUUAUGAGAAGACUCGCUGUUUUUGCCUUACCCCAUGUGCAAAAAAAAAUUCCGUGUGUGUGUGUGUAAAUUAUCUUUAACAGUUCUUUGGGAUAUCAGUUUUCCUGUCAGUUAGCGUUCGUUUACUUAUUCUCACUCCAGUGGUGCCUGGUGUUAGUAAAAUUCUAAAAUCCGUGCUCUGAACACACGCCCACUUCGUUCCUUUUUUAGCUAACAGGUUGUAGUGCUACUUGGAGAUAUCCUGGCAAAGUACAUAAUGGGGCUCUUGAUUACCCUGCGAAAUGUUUGGUUAAUGUUACAGAAACCAAACCGCGGGAAUGACACUUGCCAACAGGAAUUUUAAGAUUGAUUUGACUGGAACUAAAUUCCAUCAACAACCUUGUGCAGCUUGCAUGCAGGAUUCUUUUGCCAGUCUAUAAGCAUUGGAGAUGGUGGGAAUUAUCAUAUAAUGGUUUUCCCCCUGCAAUGUUUUUUUAAAGGGCUGGGGGUAGGAGAAAGGUGACAUUAGGCAAUUGGCUGACCUGCUCAUAUUGAGAAGCUAAACCUGCAAAGGAUUGCCUUGUGUUGAAACGCGUGGGUUUUUCCCCCGCGCAGAGCUUGGCUGAAUAACAAUUUUUACACAAUAGCUGUAGAGGAAUAUAUUAAAGCUGUCGUCUAAAAGGUGUAAGUUCUCAGGGGAACGGUGUACUAAACAGUACCCCCCCCCAAUUCUCAGCAAUAAGCGUGUGGUAGUAAGUUCUGUUGAAAUCCAUAGGACUCAAACUGCGAUCCUAAACGCACUUUCCUGGGAGUAAGUAGCAGGAUACCCAGUGGGGUUUACUUUUGAGAAGACGUGCGUAGGACUGCGCUAUUAUCUCUUUAGACUUGGGGGUUUAUAAGAACAGUUAAGCUGGGAACCUCUGCUGCACGCUAAACAAAUAAAUUGACCUGGACAUAUAAAUUCUAUUGAUUUCGGUAGAAGACACGUCCAAAUAAGAAUAUGUAGAAUCCCAUUGACUCAAGGAAAUUUGUCUUGAAUCGAGUCAUAUUCUUAUUCCGGCUGCUCUUCUAUUUAGGAACAGGAAAACAGGUGACUGUAAAACUGGAAGCAGCUUGAAGCAAUUAUUCAACUAAAAUGCUAAAUUGUUCUUGUUUUCAUCUAGAUUCCUAUAUGUAAAAGAGAAAGGCGUGUCCUCUACUGCGAAAUUAGUGGGACCUAACCUUAGACCCUGCAGCUCCAAUUCAAUUCGGGGGAACCUCCAGGUGGAUUGUUUGUCACCUGAACAGUUUAUUGCGACCUGAGUUGAGUUGAGUUGACUAGUUGACUAGUUUUCCUAGGCAACAGCUUACUUUAGCAGAUGCAUGAAGUGGAAGUACUAUAUAAUUAUUGGUGAAUUCCAGAGAAUUAUUUGUUGUGAAUUCCAUAGUUAUUCGUGUUUGCUUCUGUAACUUGAUCUGUUGCAAUACUACACCGACUGAGGCUCUCAACAGCGUCUUGGAGGGAAGGCAUCUUGGAGAAAAGCGAAGGACCUUCUUUCGCUUACUUUGCAAUUGUCCUUUGAAAACGCGGUUCUGGAACAAUGCAGAGCAGCCCAAAGUAUUAUUAAUUUCCAGUAAGAAUUCAUUUAAUCGAAUAAACAGUUCACAGUAGUUCACGCAGUUCAUACAGUUCGCCAAGUUUUACUUUUGCACGAAACCACUCAGUUUAUCAUUAUUUUAAGGAAGUUACCAAAUCAGCAUGACUAAAAUUUGUAACGCUUCCAUGGAUAAAGUGAGGAGAGAGGAAACUUUUAAAAAUCCUUUUUAAGGGUUAGGGUUAGGGUUACCUUGUUGGAGGGUUUUAAGACCUAGAGCUUUGUUCUGCAAAAUGUUAGGUUAGGGAGGCAAUCUCUUUCAUUAUUUUGGGAAGCCACUCCUUUUCUAAAUAGCAGUUAACCUCUCUCCCUCCCCCCAAUCAAGUUCUUGCAUCUGGGUCAAUAGUAAUUUUUUAUGGACCCUGCUCUACUGGAAUGCUGAUGUUUGGUUAUUGGGUCUGACAAUUUCUGACUCCUUAGCGAAUUCCACAUGAUGAUGAUGAUGAUUCCUAUAUAAUGUGUGGGUUUCUGUGUAUCAUGGGGGAGGGUAGUUAAAUUAAUGAGAACUGUCAGAAUGGAACAGAAGUGCAAUUCAAUUUCUUUUGAUGUGAACUGCCAACCUGUUCGCCACCAGUUGAUUUUCAUUUAUUUUCAUUUAAAUAUUAUUUUUAUUCCACUCCUCAUUCAGAAAAGGCUCCCAGACAAAGACUUGCAAUUUGAAAAUACACAACACAAAAGGAAAAUCGAUUGGGAAGGAGAAGGAAAUAAGCAAACUCAGAUAUAAGUGAUUAGAACCUCUGUUGCUAUGUUGAUCCAAUUGCAUGUUUUUCGUGUAUCUUUCUCCCUGUAUGUAUGCACAAACAUACCUGUGAACAUAUAUGCAUAUAUAAUACAUACAGUAAUUUUUUUUGAAGAACAUUGCCUUGGAAUUCUCUCAUUGCAGUUAGAAUUGUUUUGCAUUAUAUCGCUUUAUCAUGUGUCGAUUAAAAUUCACAUCCCUUCUUACACCUUUUUGUGUGUGAGACCAGAAAUAUAUUUGUUGUCAGUUAUUGUUAGUUGUUGAAAAAGAAUCUUUCUAGAUUAGCUGAAGUGUAUAGAUAUAGGAAAAGAGUUCGAAUGACAGCAGGAUAAAUGUAAUUGUUAACAUUAAAAGAAUGCAGGGGAAAUUAGCACAAUUUAUCCUAAAUCCAUGCUUUCCCGUGGACACAUUAAUCAACAGCAACUUUUAUAUUCAGUUUUUAAUAAAUUAGAUUAGUGUUGUUGAAAAAUGCUAAAUAGAAGUUCCACAAUUGCAUUAGUUCUCCUCGCCUUGUUUAGUGAUGAGAAAUCGCUUUUGGAGGCGUGCAUUUUGUCCAUACGCCCUACGUCCGAGACACGGUAAUUCUGUCAGAAGCCAGAGGCUAUAUAAUAUAUUAAAUCAGAAUAGCGAAAGAAAAUAAUUUACUUUGGUAGGGCAGUUAUGCUUGUAAAAUAAGAAUUCGAGUUCUUAUAACUGCUGUUUUGAUAUGAAGAAAAUAAAUAUCCAUACUUUUGAUUUUCAAAAGGGCGCAUUGAUAAAUAUGGGUUUCCUGGCAACGUGAGCCCUGGUCCUGAUGAGUGACAGGUUCGUCCAGAUACCUUAGAUUCAAACUUAGAUCCCCGAUCUUUAUAUACUCGAAAGUGAGAAAGCUGCUGAUAACAAUAUGCUGGUUUGCUUUAAUUACUGCACCACAAGACCAACGGUGAGGAAGAGUAUGAUUUUUUAAAAAAUUGUAGAGAAGAAAUUUAACGAUAAUCCACAAUAAAAACAAACCACCAGCGUCUUUCUAGCUGAAACAGGCGAACGCAAGAGAGGGCAGGGGAGAGCACUAUGGCAGGACACCAAGGUUUCAUUGGGUGGCUGGGAAGAAUUUGGAGAAGCUGGCAAACUAUGUUUUGGGCACGAAUAUAAUGUUCUUGCUUUGAAUCAGUCAAGGUUGAAGUUUAGGUUUCAGACGAGUUUUCCGCCGUGGGAAAGAUAUUACCUUGACGGUUUUGCCAAGGCUUGGGGGGGGGGCGGGAACCUUCCUGCUUUGAAUCUCUUGCCCCGUCCGCGUCCCCCUCCCCGUCGCUUCUAUUCUUCCCUGCAGCUGGGCUCCUCCAACAAUUGUAUCCCUUCAGAAGAUUUGCCUUCUCCGCCAGAUGUCCAGAUCUCAAUUAUUUUCAGCACAUUUUAAUCAGCCCGGCCUCCGAUAAAGUCCUAAUUAAAGAGCCCUCGCUAUCAGAGGGCUGGUUCAGAACUCAGCCCCCUUAUCGCAUUCCUGAAGCUGUGGGUCAGGCAACACCGGGAAAUGUGGCCAAAACAUCAUUCUGCUCCGAGUCGAAUUGUGAAGGUCACCCAAUAAAGUUGCACGCUGGGCCAAGAGUAACGAACAGAUCUGAAGUGUCCAUGCUUCGGGGAAAGUUGAAAAGGAAAGAGGAGGGAGAAAGGGAGGAGGCAAACCUUUGCUUUGUGGGUUAUGAGCGGAGAUAAAGAAGCCCGGGACAGCUGCAGCAGGGAAGUGCAAGGGUUGGGCACCGGCUGUCAACGCCGUCCGUGCGCCGGGGGGAAAAAAGGAAGGCUGCGCGCAACAGAACGCGCCAGGCGCACGCAGCAGCCUUGGAGAGGCGCUUCCCGCUCCCUGCUCCACUGCUGGCCAACUGGCAAGGGGAAAACAGUGCUGGGUACCUUCCUUCGCUUCUUGUGGAGGGAACUCUCUGCCUCGCCCUUCAGGCCCAAACAUUUUUGCACCCCUGGGGCAGGGAUAGAGGUGGGGAAGGGCAGUUUCCAAAAGCGCUUCAGGAAAGCGCGUUUUCCAGAGAGGACAAGAUAAGAAUGCAGCUCAUUCCAUAUCACUGUAAACACUGUGAUUUAAGCCCGUUUACAUUCAGAUCUAGAAUAUACUGGAGCUGCAGCCCUAGGCGCACUUGCUCGAGAUUAAGCCCCUUUGAGCACAGUGGCUCCUGCUUUCGAGAAAACGGUUGCUGAGGAAAUAUCGUGCUACAAAGAAACUUGCUUCCAACUAGGCGGCCUUUAGACUCAUUUCAGCAGAAAUAAGUUCAGGAUCGGGACCGGCUUUUAGUCCUGCUGACUUCAGUGGAAGCCAGUCGAUUCAAAUCUAGCUAUUUCACUGUAAAAUCUACCUCACUGUAAAAGUUUGCAAGAAUAGGAGCCACUGCAAACGCUUUAUACCGGAAGCAGGUACUCCAAUCUACUUUAUGCUGAGACCCUAAAGCAAAAAAGUUGCAAUCCGCGUACCUAAUUUUCUUCUGGAUCAGCGCCAUUGGCAUCAAUGUGGCACUCCAGGAGGCCAGCACAACUGUACUUUAGGACAAGAGCUUAAUUCUACGAUCCAAUCAUUGUUUUCUAGAGCCAAGUUCCGUUAAAAGCCGUGAGAUUUACUUCUUAAGCAAAUGCCUUCACGUUCCGGGUCUUAUUUACACUAAAGCAAAAGGGCCCGGUACUCCGAUUACCUAAAUUUGUAAAUAUUAACAUAAGUUCCGUUCCAAUCGGUACGUAGAACGGUUCACAGGCAGAAUAAACCAACGCGGGUGGCUUCCAGAUUUCAUCCAAUGAAUUUCAAUGGGUUUUCACUGUCAAGGAUGGUUGAAGCGUGGGCAAGUUUACCAGGGAUCACGUUUAGGAAAUCAAUAGUACUUUUGAGUAAACAUGCUAAGGAUGUUUGUUCUCAGUACACAGAUAUGUGUUUAGAAAUAGAGGUCUAAAUUGUCUUCUACCAGAACCUUCUUUGUUUUAUGUGUUUCUGCUUUUAUUUGGGUUGUCACUGAGGGAUCUGGAAGAAUUUCCCUUUCGCCCUUCUCUCCCCAGUUCUGUCACAUUCUGUCUAACAUCCAUCAUGAUCACCCCCGAUCUACUGCUUAUUGAAAGAACGGUCACUCCAUCAGGAGUCCGCCAGAUGCAUCUAGCGAAGUAGGUUGUUGCCCUAGGAAAGCUCACAGAAAAGUGUGCAGCGGUGCUUGCUCUCUCUGCGUGCGUUGCACAAUCUUGCCUGCCCCCCUGCCGCCAGUUUGGUGUUCUCGAAAUAAACGGUGAUCUUGAAAGAGGGUGGGGCGGGGGGGGGGCGAGAAGACGCUAGUCUUUAAGUAUACCUAAGAACUUUGCAAGCACAGAGUUUAAAAUAUAUUUCUAAGUCAACAUAACGUGUGGUUGGGAAACCAAGGGUAGAUCUCAUAAGGGCUACACUAAACAUUCUUUGGUCUUGGGGUAAAUGCUGAUGAGCCGAGAAGCCUCAAAGAUAAUAUUACUUUGUAAUUACUUUUUAGCUGAAGUUGUUUAACUGGCUCCAAGUAAUUAAUGAAAGUUGGUGUCCAAACGCCUGAUUUACGAUUCGGUGUCACCCUGAGGUCACUAGAGGCGAUCCGUUUCCAUCUGAAUUCACUCCGGUUUUUUUUUUUAAAUAGGCUGUUUAUUAUUAUUUGAGCGAGCAAUUUUCGCUUAAAGUAGGAGGCUAUUUUUCAUUUAACGGCCUGCCAUUUUUAUUGCAGGCUCUUCAGAAAGUUAAUCUUAUAAAAUAAGUGAGAAGUUAAGAGAGAACGAGAUUAAAGGGUACCUUUUGCAUGUGAAACGGCAGACUAGUUUGCUCAACAGACGGGGGACUUUCUCUUAAAUAUGAGGAAGAAUUAAUGAAAGCAUCGCUCACUGCGAGAAGCGACCGGCCUGCCCUUUCCAGGCGAAGCCAAAACGCCUGACUCCUAAUUUCCCACCGAAGCAUCGAUCCAAGGCUUGACUAGUCUUGACAACAACCUUUGAGCCUCGCCAUCCCAACAGCCUACUUGGCACCUAGAUUCCCAAACAAAAGUCAUUUCCAAGUAAACAAACUUAUGAUCUCGUUAUGACUUGGCAGCAAGUCACAUUGAGAUCAACGUUUAAAAAAAAAUGCUUAGAACUGUGGGAUUCUCCCCCCUGCCCACAGCUCCUGCAGCACGUGCCUGAGCGCGUCCUACUCAGUCCUCCUUGCUCCCUGAGAGACAGAGAGAAGCGGCACUGCCGUCAUUUCACAAAAAGAGAAUUGUGGCUCAUCGUGGGGAAAGUAAUCAGACGUGCGCCUCGGAUGUUAAUGGAUCUCUUAACACCCAAGGAUUCCCCUCAGCAGUUCUUGGCCACCAGCAGCCUGUGUGCUGAUGUUUAUGGAAAGAAAGAGUUACCUUCCACUAGGCCAGCUCGGAUGCUAAUUCAGGAAUUAAGGAAUGACGGAGAAAGUGACGCAAACAGCCCCAAAGACCAGAUUUAGAAUGGACUCUCACCACAGAGAGAACUAUUUUGGUCACGCCGUGGGUUUAUCUGGGUUCAUUGAGCAGGCUCUCUCUUCCCGAAGGAAGGAGCCACCCCCGGGGGCUUCAGGUUUUCGACGCCUGCCUGCCCCGGGUGGGGACAUUCUUGCAGGAAGCCGCUUCAUGAGAAAGUUCAAGGGCAGGCGAUUCAACUCCUGGUUCUUGACAAUGUUGUUCUCUUGGCAGGUUACGGCACGGUGGCGUUUGAUGGAACUCCAAGUUAUGGCCACACCCCCUCUCACCACGCAGCGCAGUUUACAAACCACUCCUUCAAGCACGAGGAUCCCAUCGUCCAGCAGACGUCUCUAGGUAACUACUUAGGCUUCUAGGAACCAAACGGAAGUAGUUUUGAGACAAAUAAGUAGGGAACAAGUUAGUGGUACUGAUAAUCAUGAUCAGGAUGGCAUCGGUUUGCCCUUAUCUGUACCCAUAAAAACUCCGCUGCUGUUCAAAAUACCUUCUCAGAGAUUAUACCAUUGAUAACGAACACAAAUAUGGUCCUGUGCACAUAAAAGUACAUUAAUCAUAGCCUAGACAAGUGUAGAUUUUCUGAAGCUCAUAUGACUUCAAUAGCGCAAACCUAGGCCUGACUGCUCCUAAGUGUCUCAAUGAGUUCAGUGGGUUUUAUUCCAGUUUAAGAGUCGAAUAACCUGCAUUGAAUACAGUAAGGAUUACUUCUGAAUAAACAUGCUUGUGCACUAUAAGUAGUAGGUUUCAUUGAAAGUGCAACUUUUACACACACACACACACACACACACACAUGCUUAUGGACAAAAAUCUAAGCCCUCUCCUGCCUAAGUGGACACUUCUAGUUUGUGUGACUAGAUUAUAUUACUGGCUGGUCAUUAUUGUGAUAUUAUUGACUAAAUAUUCAGGGCAUAAAGCAGUCAAAAUCAAGCAGAUCCCAUUGAAACUAUAUUGGGAUUUCAAGCUUGAUAGUGCCCUUUGUUUGGAUGAUGCUCUUAGCAUUUACAAAAGGGGUUUCAAAUGUUGGAAGUCUUAAUGCUACAAUCCUGUACACAAUUACCUGGGAGCAAUUCCUAAUAAAGUCAUCUUCAGGACAGCCAUAUAAAGUUGGCCAGUAUUACUGCAUGCACCAGAGCAUGGGUAGGUAAACUAAGGCCCGGGGGCCGGAUCUGGCCCAAUCGCCUUCUAAAUCCAGCCCAUGGACGGUCCAGGAAUCAGUGUGUUUUUACGUGAAUAGAAUAUGUCCUUUUAUUUAAAAUGCAUCUCUGGUUUUUUUGUGGGGCAUAGGAAUUCGUUCAUUCCCCCCCCCCCCCAAAUAUAGUCUGGCCCCCCACAAGGUCUGAGGGACAGUGGACCCGGCCCCCUGCUGAAAAAGUUUGCUGACCCCUGCACCAGAGUAAUCGUGCUGCAUACAAAAAGUCCCAAAUUUAAUCUCUAGCUUGCUUCUAUAGCUAGAGGUGGGAAAUGCUCCUUCUCUGAAAUCCUGGAGAACACUGCCAGUCAAUGUAGUGUUAUAGGCAAUACUGAACUAGAUGGAUAAAUUAUCUGAACUGGUAUAGGGCAGCUUCCUAUGGUCUUACUUUCAUGUGACAAAUGGGAGGCUGAGAAAAAAGCACUUUGCAGGUUUAUGGUUGAAGGGAGAUUUGAAGGUUUUAUCAUCCGAUAGCUCACACAGAACUGGGGAUCAGACGGAACACUUGCAAAAACAAAGUGUUUGCUUGUUUUCCAUAAGAUUUUUGUCAACGGCUACACAGCUUAGAAUAACUAUAAGCCUUAGCUCUGUUCUAUUCAAUGAUGAAAUAUCUACUGAAAAUGGAAAUAAUUAUCAGUUCCAAAUUAUUGAAGACUCAGGUGCCCCCUGCCCCCAUCGACUCCUGAGCAUGAGAAAAAGCCCUUCCUCUAGCUUACAGGAUGUGACAUUAACCCUUCUGAGCAUGGAAAUCAGCCCUGCUGUGGGGUAGUAACUUCUCUAUGGUUUGUCUGCAGGUGACCAGCAAUAUUCGGUGCCUCCUCCUGUUUAUGGCUGCCACACCCCGACGGACAGUUGCACGGGCAGCCAGGCUUUGCUCCUGAGGACCCCAUACAACAGGUGUGAAGCCUUUAGUUCUGGUCUCUUCAUCUUCCAGUUCUUUUGUGUACAGUUCACCUCCCAUAUAUUGGCAAAACAGCUUUAUUGUUGGUGCAAACGCCUCCAAAGUUGAUUUGCUGUCCUAUACCUCCUCCUUUCUUCUUCACCCCACCAGACUUUAUUUAUACAAAACUGUCAUAUUUAGGCCUCCAAUAACAUGAGAAACAUCUCACUUUAGCAUGUCUCUAAUUCUCCUUUCAGAGAAUUAAAGUUGACAAAAUAUAGCCCUAAAUUUAAAAUGCAAGGACAGAAAACCGUGUUGCUCUUAGAUGCUCAUAUUUGUUUGUUAUUAAAAAUAUGUGUGAUGUGGCAAUGUUAUUGGAAGGUACAUUGGAUAGCACCUAGCCCAAGCCUCUGGAUUAAUGCAGGAUGUGCAAUGCCUUUCCUUACCAGAAUCCCUGACAGACUGCCCUCCAGCAUUUGCUUUAAGCACCUCCAGGGAAGAAGAGCCCAUCACAACCGGAGGCAGUCUCAUCCACUAUGGAACAGCCUUUUGCAGUUAGAAAGUGUCUCCUAAUGUUUGGCCAAAAUCUAUUCCCUUGCGGUUUCUACCCUUGAUUCUAGUCCUGCCGUCUCGUAAACAAGUAUUUUAUUCUACGAACUGCCCUGAGAUCUCAUGAUGAAGGGUGGUAGAUAAAUGAAACAAACACCGUAUCUAUUUUUGUUAUUUUAAAUUACUCCACUCUUGUUGCAAUUUUUAAAAAAUUAAAUUCAUAGAUUUCUAUCCCACUUUUCCUUCUAACGAGCCCAUUCAAUUCUCAUUGAAAGGAUUUUGUGACUCUAGGCCAAUAUUUGUUAACAGUGGCUACCAUUUAAAGUGGAUUUAGUCUUGAUAAUGCAGCAAAAGCAAAAAAAGAAUCUUGUUGCACCUCAAAGAUGAAUAAAUUUAUGGUAGCCCAAGCUUUCAUGUCCCAAUUAACCAGCCAACCUCUUCAGUUUAAAAAAAUGGUUUCUGACACAAAAUGGGUGUAUUUUGUAUAGAGCAUUAAUUACUUGUGUUUGGUGCUAAGCCUGGAACAACUGGGUUUAUUCUGUGUUUCAUCCAAGGCCUUGUGUCUUGUCCUCUGAUAAAUCUGCAUUCAGCUCUAGAAAGGAACUCGACCCUUUUCUCACAGUCCAGUUUACUAGGACCUUGGAAGCAAGUUCAGUUUAGGGUCCACUGAAGUUAAUGGGACCAAUCUGGCUGGACACAGAAGUAUUACUCAGUUUAACUGUGCUGGGUGCCUGGUCUGUCAGUGAUAUGGAAAACUAAGGAGCUCGUUCAUUUGUUAAUUAGUAAGCCGAAGGAAAGGAUGCGCUCCUUAAUUUUUCUCCAUUCUGGUCUGUGGCAAAAGUUCAUCUCUCUGACAGAAAGGAGGAAGGGAGUUACCCGGGUGUGUUCCCUUCCACCACCGCAGAAUGGCAGGACCAAAUAGGAGCCACUUCAAAAUGUCAAGGCGUCCCUGAGAUAGGCAGCAUCCCGGAAUUCUGGGGAUGUAAAGUUUAAUUAGCGCAAACGGCCUCUUACUAGAGAUGGAUACCAACUGUGAGAAAAAAGACCAAACUGCGGGGUUUCACAGCAAAAUAAUAUUCUCAUUUUUUCAAAGUCGGAUGCGGGAUGCAGUACCUGAAAUAACAUCACUACAGGAGAUGUUGGUAGUUAAUAAGCUUUUUCUUUCCCCUCUGCUUUCCCUGCCGACGGGGGAACCGAGGUUGAAAAUGUCACUCGCUCAAGGCCAUCCACGCUGUGUUGAUUUUAAACAAAACCGUCCCUUUCCAUUCUAUCCGGGCUUAGCUUUGUGGCCCGUCCAGCAGGCGUUUAAAAACCAAAACAACCCCCAUCUGCUACCCUUUGCCUUGGGACCGGUAGCUGUUGCCCUUUGCUUUGAAGCGAUGGUGGAGCGGGCCCGAGGCCGAGGGGAGAAGAGCGAAGCACCUUUUAAGUUUGUUUUGAGCUUGUUUAGGAGCCCGAACAAAACCCUCCACUCCGCUCUCUCCCACCUAUGCUUCAACUUUUGGUGAACUUGGAACCAGUCCCAUGUCUAGGGAGCUGCUAAGAAACGUGCGGCGCAAAAACAAUGUACUCCUGCAAAGGAGAGCGACGCGGACUUUCGUUCUAACUCUACUGAUUGAUAUUGUGCCGCUCAGUUCUAGAAGCCCCUUUGCUAGUGAGCCCGACUUGAAGUCAUUGAAGGAGGAGACGCGGGGAAAAAGGGGGUGCAUGGAUCGAAUGGAUGGAGAGAGAGAGAGAGAGAGAGAAAGAGAGAUGUUACACAGGAAUAACCGUGGGGAGCAAAUCUCAUCUCUGCGCAGUGCGCACCUCUGUGGAUCACCAUGAUUGGCAGUCAGUUCCACUGUUUCUAAAGGAGCCUGCUCCCAAGUCUGCCUGCGUCGGGUACCCUCCUGAACAUGGUUCCAGUAAAUCGGGGCUGCGGAGACUCCUGUGCCUCUUACAUUAUUUCAGAUCAGGGCAGAUCAAAGGUCUUCGCCCCGCGAAACCCCACAAGGGUCCUGUAAGGAGGGUCAAGGUGGGGGGGGGAGGGGCGCGCGGACCUGAGCGCCUCUCCUCCUUCGGAGGUGAUGCUCUGCAGGAGUCGCGGAGCCGAGAGCUGCUCUUGCUUCAUUAAGCUUAAUGAGUGAGAUCCGAGUGGAGCAGGACUGGCGUGUCAGCCGUUAGCGGAACCGAACAAAGUAUCCUCCAGGCUCUGUUUGUCGCUCACCGGUCGGUGCCAGAAGCAAUGCGGCAGCAAACGAAGCGGAAAGAGAUGCAUUGUGUAGCCAAGACUUCGGCUCUAAUAGGCUCCCUAGGUUCUAUGUCCCAUUUAUUAUUGUCGGAUUAAGGGUAGCUCUUUUCUGCCCAAGUAAUGCAUCUCUCACCUGAUUCGCCUCGCACAUAGUCCGCGCGGUUUUCUGCUUUAGGUUGCCCAAGAGUGUCUUGCAGAACCAUGAUUUGCUGACUCCAAAGGCCUCGCUUUGGCAUUAGCCUUCUGCAAACUACUUUCCUCAUAAGCUGGCCUUCCGGUUGGAUUGGUUGAGGGGCCGCCAUCUCUCUCCCCUUGCUUGCACCCCAGUACUACAAGUCAAGAUGUUGCUCCAUAGGAACCACUUCAAUGGGACUUACUAUUUCAAACCAAAUAUGCAUGUUAUCAAAAUGCCUCUACCACCUUAACCUACUUCUUCAUCCAUUUGAGAAUUUGUUUAGUUUUGCCUUCCCAUUGUGGUAGAUAUGAAGAUACUCAGUAUGAAAACUGAGGAGCAAACUCUGAGAAACUGAAAUGACUACAUUUCUCAAGGAUACUAUCUUUGGAAGCACAAUUAAUAAUAUUUAAUGACUGGCUGGCAAGACAUUCACUCACUGAGCACAAUUCCUGUCAGUGACCACAGUAACUUGUUCAUGAAAAAAUAAUAAUACUUCAUUCUGCUGACUUAAUAACAGCUAGCAUUUCAAUAAGAUAACUUCCAUUAUUUUAGAGAUAGUAGUCCUGUUGAUCAAACUGGGUAGUAAGCCUUCUGAGCUGCACAGGAGCCCUCUUUGGACCAGAACCACCCUCCUAUGGAAAACUCCUCGAUGCCAAGACACUGCAGAAUGCCCAGUAGCAAAGGAGUGGGGUACAGGCUCCAGAAGAUUUGUUUCCUAAGCAAGAAAGUGGUGUGCUCCCACUCACUUACAUCAUGUCCUUACUCUGAUGCUUCCAUUAUUUCCAUUUUGAAGGCCACGGCAUAACAAGUAGCAGUACAUUUUGAAGUGCAGGAGCUUCUCAUGAUGGUUCCCACAGCCACACUCCCUGAGGAAAAUGCAAAAAUGCAGCAGCUUGUUGAUACAUCUCCACCCCACCAAAGAGCAACAGUACAUAGUAUAAAACCCAUUUUAUUAACAUCAGCUAUGGCAGUCACAGAAUAGUGAUCUGGCAACGGGUGUGUGUGUACUGGUUUGUGUGUUGGAUUUGGGCUGGAGAGACCUAGGUUCACAUCUGCAUUCAGACAUCAAACUCACUGAGUGAACUUGAGCUUGUCACUGGGUGAGCCUUUCCAUUCUGUCCUCCAUCCCCCCCCCCAAAAAAAACCCCUUACAGCUCUGGCAAAUGAAGUCCUGGCAUAUUACACCACUGCUCUUUCUAUGCAGAGCAGUAUCAGAGCUUUGCUCCCCUGUGUUCCUGCUGCACUAUACCAAUGGGCAUGACAGCUCUGCUAAGAAGCAGGAAAUGGGGAUACCAUAGCUUGAUGUGUGCAUCUGCACAUGUGGAGUCCUAGUACUGUGGACAAAGACCUGUUUAAAAAUCUGAUCUUUAGAUCCCCAAUUUAUACCAUUUUUUGUUUUUGUUUCUGAGGUUUAAAAUAUCAUUUACAGUGUGUUUUCAUAAGUUUAUUUGCAACUGUGGACUAAACAUUAUUUAAUGCUGAUGUUCUCAUAAUUCUGACAAAGCAACCAGAUUAUGUACUAAGCAGAUACAUUUUGCAGUUUAUAACAUGAGCAGACCUGUUCAAAUCUGUAUGUCUCAGUGUCCCUCCAUUUAACAGCUUGAUCCACCCAUGGCCAAAAAAACAACUUCUAAAAACAGUUUUGUCAAAGUACCCAAAAGCAUAGGGUGAAAGUACUUUUGUACUUUUCAGUAACUAUUAAAAAGCCAUAGCACCUACUGACUUGGUUAGCACUUUAAUAAAACUGCUGGAAGGUGUUGAGUUGUGCUGCUGCAGAUGCACCAUGCCAUUUUCUCUCUCUCUACCUCCUCCCUUUUCAAGGAAGCUUCAUUUCCAAUCUGUGCAUGUCCCUAGCUUCCUACAGGAAUCCUAUAACUUUUCACAGUACAAAUAUUAUGGUGGACUUUUUUGUGUGUCCUGCUUUUGUUUUAGUAAAUGUUUCUUCCUUGUAGCAAGAACAGUUGCCAGGAUAGCUCCUUUAUCUAUGAGUGUGUGUACACACUGUGUGAUAACGUGCAGCCAGUGCUAGAUACAGGUGCCUUUUUGGAGUGCUGUAUGCAUGACAUCAUCCCAAUGCCAUCCCCAUCCUGCACUAUUUGCCAAUCCAAAGCACAUUUUGCUGAAACCGUUGUAAUCUGCUUUGUGCCUAGCAUGCACUUCUCAAGCGCUUGCUACAGACGUGUGUACAGAGAGAGUGCUUUGUCAGGUCACCUCCUACUGGGGCAGACCUACUGACAUUGCAGGGCUGUGCCACCCCCUCACCAUGUUUAACUUGUCAAUGAACGAAAUAAGUAAAUAGGAAACAGUACAGUGACUUACUCACCUCUGUAUACUUCUGAAUACCAGUGUAUCAGCACAUCAGUUUCCACCUCUCUCUUUCGAAAGGGCGAAAAGUACCUGAACUCAGCUGACACACUAAUUGAGGAGAGGGGUCUAGAGAACACCAGUGUGUACUAGUUGGAAAACAUGCCCUCCGGUGUACAUAGACAACACAGAGAGUAGCUGCUGCUUUAGAGGAAGUUAUUGUUUGAAGGUGUGUACAAUUACAAACCAUUACAUACAAAAACACACUGUGAAAAAACAAGCCCUAUAUGUUUGAAAGGCUACUUGUAUAUGCAGUUUAUGAAUUGAACUGAGCGAGUCUUAAAAACUUGCAUGGGAUUACGCUGCAUGAGUGAAAUAUUUGAAAAGGGGAAUUUGUCCAAAUACAGCUUCUCCUGUCAUAGCAGAACUGUUAAGUAGGAAAGCUGUAUCUGGAAAAAUAUAUUUGUUCGUUCUAUAUAACAGACAGGAAUCUCCUCAUUGUUGACUUGGCAACCCUAGCUGCAACAUAAUAUCUGUUUUUCAAGAACGUUGUGUUGGUGUUUGAUGGUCAGGCGCACAAGGCAAAGAAACACCGACUCCAAACAUGCAUUAGAUAUCCAACAGUUGCGGAUCUAUUAAAAUGACAUUGUGAACUUUUCUGUAUCAGUUUGAUGCAGUUUGAUGUAGUAAACAUGUUUAAUGCUGAAAAUUUACUAUGAGUCACACUUACAAAGACUUUAAGAGUGGAGGAGUUGCAGCGCAGAUUAUAGCUCUUUCUGCACCAAGGUCAAGAACUCGUAGGCAGCAGUACAGGCCAAAACAAACUCUAUAUGAUCUACUACUGGUUUCCUUUUAAGUCCCCCCCUUUUUUGCUUAAAGUUAACUUCCUUUUAUUUCACUCCAACUGACAUUAAUCCCUGUUGUAUGAAUGUCUUCCCCUCCCCCUACUUCAUUUUCGAAACAUCUCUGGAAGGGAAGACUGACUUUUGUAGUACCUUCUUUGCAGUGGCUUAGGAGGUUCAGUUCAUAAUAAUUGAAACAAUCCAAUUAUUUCCAAUUAGUUCUAGUACUUCAGACUCAUUUAAAGCAGAUAUUUGAAUAGAUCCAUUGGUUCAAAAAAGGUAUUCUAUUGCAUGUUGAUAUGUAAGCCAAUUUUAAUGAGAUUUGAAUAUUGUUGUGUGCCAUCCCAAUCUAUGAGUGGCGCAAGAUUCCAGGGGUUGCAGGCACUGACCCAGGGUUCGGUUUCCUCGUAAUGAGGGACAGCGGAGACUGUGGUGUCUUUAUGAUAUAUGGUUUAUUUACACAUAUAUUCAACCUGAGCCAACAAUGGAGGGGCUCACAGCAUUAAUGCCCAGAGAAGGUCUUGUGUCUCCCAUAGUCAUAGCUUUGGAUUCAAGCAUAUAUCAUGUAUGUCUCUCCCUCUCUGGCUUCUGCCUGCCUCCUGCUUCUAGCCCAGCUCUCUCCCACAAAACUCUGGCUUUUGUCCUUCUAACUACCAGCCAGUUGAGGGAAGGGAGGCCUACCCACAUGCUUGGUGAGGCAUUACCAAGAAGCUGGCCUGGCUAUUCCAGCUGCAUCUAGGAAUUAGAAGGCACUCAGGACUUCCGGGGUGGCGCCUCCGGAAAAUGGCGGAAUUCCCUUCGGACUGAAGGGAACCCGCUGCACGGAGGCUUGGGUCCUGCCGCUACGGCGCAGCGGGGACCCGCAAAAACCACAGGCGGAAGAAGCCUGUGGACGUGGGACUCGGCGGGCACCGAGAGCGCUCUCUCCCCUGGUACAGGAGCCCGGUAACGGGCUCCGGAGUGGGAGGUGCGUGGUGCUGUGAGUCGUCUGCUUCCUCCGUGCAGCAAAGCCGCACUGCCGUUAUCGGAGAGCGCUGCCUUUUUCCUGGACAAUUUGGCAUCUAAAACAUCUAUCCGUGAGUACCUGAUCUUGGAAGAGCUGAACCACUUUUAAGACUGGUGAAUAAACAAAUAAUAUUGGACUUGAAAUUGAACUUAAUUGGGACUCGGAAUGGGAAGGUCUAAACAGGAAGUCGCCUUCCGUUCUUUUGUUAUGUGAAGAAAGCAAAGACAAAAUAUACUAAAGCCUGAAAAUUAAAUUUUAAGAGAACUAGAAUUCAACAUCUAAGAUUUCUGAACCCCCCCUUUGACUGCAGGAGAAAAAGGGGGUUGUAUUUGGACUUUUCAAUCCUGCGGAAGUGAGUUUAAAAUAAAGCAAUUUUCCACCGCCCUGAACCAGGAGCGGGCUGUCAGAAUUGACGUUCUGAAGUUUAUCCAGCUCGACAGUUAGUUAAAAGAAGGGUAACAUUUUGAUUCUACUGUUGCCUCUUGAAUUUGGAAGGGGGAUUUUGGAUAAAGUGUUUCUGGAAAAAGAAAGAUUGUUGCUGUUGCUUUUAUUCCUUUUAAAAAAAAGAAAAAAUUUCCAUCUAGUGGAAUUUAGUGAAAUUGCAACGCAGAGAGAUUAAAAGAGAAGGACUAUUGGACUAUUCUCGUGGGAAAGAAUUUUCUUUGACCUUGAAGGACAAUGCUAGUACAAAGGCUUGAACAAUUGUUCCUGGAAGGUUUUUCAAAACUAAGUGCCCAGCUGGACCAGAUGCGUCAGGAGACGACCUUGAUGAUGGAAGCUACCAGAGCACAGCAGCAAACAAAUGAAAUUCAGUUAAAGGCUAUACAAGCAUAUGAACCUGCUGUAGUGACGGAGGCUUCAGAGAUGGAGGGACCUUUGGACGGGCAAGAUCAGCCUUUGAACUUGAUAAAUGAACUUGGGACAAACCAGAUUCGGAAAGAUGAAAUGUGGUCAGAUUUGGAAAUGGGGGGAUGGAUCGACCCCCUCCAUAUGGUUAUUUGGACCUUCCGAGUCUGGUGAUGGGCUAUCAGAGGAUUGGAGUAGUCGAAGUCUCCAAGCUUUGUGGAAAUUUGAAGUGGUAUUAUUUGCUGUCUGGCUUGGGCAAUGGGUUUGGGAUGGACUUGUUGCAAAGGGUCAAAAGCAUUUUCUUGCUGGAGCAUCCACGACUGGAAAGGAAUCAUCAACAAGAGUGGCGAAAGGGGCAAGAAAGAGACUUGAGGGCCUCGGAUACGAGACAACCAGGUUAAGGAGCCGGAUUACCGAGGUUAAAAGGACUGACAAUCCCGGGUCCAGGGGAGGGGAGGCUGGAAGCUGACUGGACUGAAUUUGACUUAUUAUUUUUUCUUUUUUACUUUUUAAUAUUGGGAAUGCUUACAAAUGUUUGAAGGAUGUUGAAUGAAAUUACAUGACUUAAGUAAGGAUUGGUAAAUGAUUCGUAAAAAGGUAAUGAUGCAAGAAUUUGGUAAAUAUUGAAUAUAAGCUAUGAGUUUUAAAGUUUUUAUAUGACAAGAGGGAAAAUAGAAUAAGGAAACGUAAUGACAGAUUGUUAUGAAAAACAGAAAGGAUUUGCUGUAAAAAUUAAAAAUUAAGAAACAAAAGAGGGGAGGAGGAGGAAGUCUAGAAAGGAAGUCAAUAGAGAUGGUAAAGGACUUUAUAUUUUUGUUUUUCUGUUUCUCUUUUUUUUUCUUUGCGGCUGGGUUUUCUUUUCUUUUUUGUUUAUGCACUAAUUUUGUUUUUUGUAUCCUUAAAUUUUUUUUGGAAAUUUUUGUUGUUAUUUUCUGAAAAUUCAAUAAAUAUCAACUAUAAAAAAAAAAAUAGAAGGCACUCAGGCAUACAGCCUAAGCCCUCAACCACUCACAACACUAUGUUAUAUGACAGAAGUUCUUCUAGCCAUAAUAGAGGGCUCAUGGAAUUAUUUUCUGCUCCCUCAUAAAUCAGAAACAGUAUUUAUUUAUUUCCUCACUCGCUCAUUCUCUGGAUCAUCCAGGCUUCUAUUCUGGUUCAUUGUCAUGAAUGACUGGAGUAGAAACAGAAACUAGCAACAGCAUAUUUGGGCUGCAUUCCUAUACACACUUACCUGGGAGUAAUUCCCAAUUUAUUUAAUAGGCCUAACUUCUAAGUAGAUUGAUUGCACGGUUAGGGGAAUAAUCUGAUCAUUCUGGUCAGAAGAGGUAUCUUUUAAGGCAAAGGUCCUACUGUAGAAGUGACCUGUUGCAUUGACACUAUCUCAUUUGUUAUUUUUCCAUAUAUGUAUCCGCAGGUGCUCUGUUGCAAUCAAUUACUGUGCAUUAGCCAUUCAGAAACUCUCCUCUUCAAAUUGCAGUCUUAGGGUUAUAUUACAUAUGUUAAUGAGUCUGCACAAUUGCAGCAUUUACACCCCUGUGUAUUGCCUUCCACUUUACAGCCUGCUCACUUCAACAGCAGCUGUUUUUUCUUCUGGGAGGCAGGCUUCAAUCAAUUACACAGCCAUGUGCCACAAUACUUGUCCAUAGUUCAAGGGUGACCAAUGUGGCACCAGUGGGUGAACAUGCAUCCACAGAGGCAUUACAUGUGCCCACUGGGUCCUUCCCAUCAUGGAAACAAAGAGGUCUGCUACACUGCUUGUUUGUGGUGUGUGUGUGUGGUUAGGGAUGUGUGCAUAAGACCCAAUACUGGCCUAGUAUCUGUGCAUUAAAAAAAAAAAAACUUAUCUUUUUUUCAUUCGCUCUGUGCCAUAGGAGCCAACUCCUAGCAACAAGGUCCCUUCGGCUCCCCCAAUAAAAUAUUUGAGGGGGCCAACCCCCCCAAGUUGAACGGAAUUGCCAUUCAAAUGGUGUGUGUGCUCCACGUCUUACUAUCAAUUAUGUGGGGCAGGGGUCCCCCGGGUCCCCCAAUAGUUUAUUCAAGUUGGCACCCCUGCUCUGUGCUCUAUCAAGUUUUGAUCUCUCCUUUGAGUUCUGAGCCAUUCUGCGUAAAACAAAGCUUUCUGGUCCCCAUUCAUCAUAAUCAGGAAUUUAAAAAUUGUGAUUUCCUUUCCCCCCUUUUGUCCAAAGUGGAUGAUAUUUACAGGCACAAAUUUAAGUCUGCCAAAAUUCAGACAAAUUGGUCAAGGGGCUUUUGUCAGGAGCUUUCCUCUAUAAAAACUGUAUUAGGGCAAUGUCUUUAUUAGGCCAUUUGGACUCCACUGUUCAUAUUAACAUUAUGUUUUCAGCAGAGGGAGAGAGGGUUUUUUUUUGCUCUUUUUUACCUUAAAAUAAUUAAUAGGUGGCCAAGAAUUGUAUAUUCUUCCUUGUACAUUUAAAAAUAAAUAAAUCCAGGACUUGCUUGUGUCCUCAGGCCUCCAACAGACCGUAAGCAUGAAGCUCUGUUUUUAUGUGUGUGUUAAAGCAGAGCAACACAGGAUUUUUAAAAAGUCAAUGAUGCUUUAAACUUUUUUUUUUAUCCUCUACUGCUGUGCUUUAACAAAUAAUCCAGAGUUCUUCAAUGCUCUGCAGGAACCAGUUUGCACAGCCUCACUUCUUGCAAAGUCCACAGACUAGAGAAACAAGGAGAUAUAGAAAAAUAUAAAGCUAAGAGUUCAGAAAAGUAUAGAAGAAAAACAACAACAGAGUGACAGGACAACAUGAGGCUUUUGGGAGCCCUGAUUCUACCCAGUGGGGUUUAUUGACAUUGUGCUUCAACCCUGGAGGGGGGUGGGUGGACCCCCAAAUCACCACAAUUUGUCUCAUUAUUCUGCCUAUGCAGCCAAUGCACACUGCUAAUGUGUGGUGCCCAUGACAGUUUCUCUUGUUUGCAAAUGUGUUCAUGGGUCCAAAAAAGGUUGGUGACCCCUGCCUCACUUAAAUGAUUGAUUAAAACAGAAACUUUGAAUUCUCAAAACUUAAGCAAUACACACUGGAUUUUCACUAAACUGGCAAAAGGCAUAAUGCCAUUCAAUUUUCGAAACAAUCUAAACUGCCAACAGGGUAAAUUUAAUGUAUGUUUUGGAUAGGCACGAAAACAGUGUGAAGGCUGUAGUGCAAAAAUUGGUAUAUAACUUAUCCAUUCUUCAUCAGAAUUUUCAAGAUUUUCAACCCAGCAAUUUUUGGAAGAUCAAUUUUAUAUCUGAUGCAAUUGUUUCUCACUGUUUUUUUUAGAGUUUGCAUGGUCUGUUUUCUUGUUUUUAGAGUUCAUUGAAUUGAUUUUAUUUUUCUUAGAGCAUCCAUAUCUGUGUUUUGCUUAGUUUUUACCAUGUUCAAUGCAUAGCUGGCUUUAAACUGUGAAGCAGCCUAUAAAUUUGUGUAAUAAAUAAACAAACAUUUGGUCAGAUUAUACCCCUCACUAGUUGCUUCUCCAUACAAAGUAGAUACAAGUUGUCCUGACUGCAUGACAAACAGAAUUUUCAGGUUUUAUAAUGACAGAAUACUGAACGCUUAGCUAGAGUCAAUAGCAUGGAUCUAUAAUAUUGUAGAACUAGGAAAAGUGCAAAAGAAGGGCAACUAAAAUGACCAAGGAGUUAGGAGCAGCUUCCAAAUGAGGAAAGGUUUAAACAUUUUAGGUUUUUUAGUUUAGAAAAAUGUGAGCAAGGGAGGUCCUGAUAUAAAACCACGAAUAGUGUUCUCAAAGUGGAUAGGGAGCAGUUUUCUCCCUACUAUAACACCAGAAUUUGAGGUUACUCAAUGAAACUAUUUUACAGCAGAUUUUGGAGAAACUAGGUACUCCACAAAAGCAUAAUUAAUGUAUAGAACUCACUGCUAUUUAAUUUGGUGGCAACCUUUAGGUUAGAUGGCUUGGAAAGGCAGUUACCGGUAGACUGAUUUUGCUCCAUGAGUCUUUCUAUCAAUGGUUAUUAGUUAUGAUGGCUACCUGGAACCUGCUUGUUCAUAAGCAACAGUUUGAGAUGUAUUGCCUUCCUUCAUGACCUAUUUGUGGUUACCCAGUGGGUAUCUGGUUAGCCUCUGUGGGAAGCUGUAUGCUGGACUAAAUGGAUCCCUGCUUUGAUCUAGCAGGCUUCUGCUUAGGUUCUUAAGAUACUGCAACCUGUGCCUGAGUUCAAAAAUUGUCCCGAUUUCUAAAUCCUUUUGGCAAUUGCUUUCUCCUGUAUCCACAUAUAUAAAAAUGGGUUUUCCAUUCAAGCAAAAAAUGCAUAUGGUCUGGCUACUCCUGUCACUACAGCACUGCAAGAUGAAAACGCUGCCCUAGCAGAAAUCUCCAUUCAGUGUAACUCAUAAAAAUAUACAUACAAGUCAUUUCAGGGCCUGGACCUGGCAACCUGAGUGGCUUUCUGCUGGUGACAAGAUGAGUAAGUGUAUUACUUGAUGAAAAAGCAAAUGAAGGAAAAAAGGAGAUCUUGUGGAGGAGGCCCUUAUAAAUGAACUGUCAAAUGAAAUAAAGUUAAAGGAAAAUCUCCUGCUGUAAAUGCAGAGGUCUGGCGCUUCUAAUAAAAAUCAGGGCCCUGGAGGAAUUAAUUACAUCAGCAUUACAGGAAGAAUUCAUGGAAUUGCAAAAUGUAGUGGCACAGACCAGCACGAGCUGCUGUUGCAAAUGGGGAAACUGCAGGAGAGUCUUAACAAUUUCUGAGCUGAUAUGCAGGACAUUGUAGUCACAUAAUAGCAGUUUAGACACUCUCAUGAAUAAUAGUAUUCAGCGGUAAUGACAAAUGAUAUUACACAUACUUCGCAGCUGAAGUCAUUUAACUUUAUUUCUUUGCUUCUAAGGGUGUAUAUUAAAAGUGGUCCAGUGAAAUCUGAAGAGAAAAUGGUAUAAAAAUAUAUAUUUGAGUGAAAUUAGUUCUAAUUAAAUUUAGAAAGGUUUGGUGAUUUAUAGUGGUGUGUGUGUUUGUGUGUAUCUAUCUCUACCUCUAUCUAUCUGUAUCUCAAAAUUCACAGUGAAUGGCCAGCACACCAAGACUUUCCCCAGAAUAAUGUUUUCUGAUAACAAAGAACAGGGGCAAAUGGAUGUCUGAUAGCAGAGCAGGGCUAUGUGCAGGCUGCAAGAAAGCCUUGGGGUACCUGAUAUGGCCCUGGGGCUUUAUGUUGUCUUACCCCUGAUGCAAGUAUGAAUGAGAAUCAAGGAAGGUAACUUCUUUUCCUUCACCAGGAAGGUUCCUUUAGCAACUUGUAAGAAAGUUGAUCUUAGCUGUUUGUUGUUGUUGUUUAGUCAUUUAGUUGUGUCCGACUCUUCGUGACCCCAUGGACCAAAGCACGCCAGGCCCUCCUGUCUUCCACUGCCUCCCGCAGUUUGGUCAAACUCAUGCUGGUAGCUUCAAGAACACUGUCCAACCAUCUCGUCCUCUGUCGUCCCCUUCUCCUUGUGCCCUCAAUCUUUCCCAACAUCAGGGUCUUUUCCAGGGAGUCUUCUCUUCUCAUGAGGUAGCCAAAGUACUUUUCUCCUAAGAGCUCCAAGGAAAUGGGAGCAUUUCCAUGUAAGGAUUAGUCCUCUGAAAGAACUAUGCAGUAACAGGAGACCAGUGUGGCCCUGCGACUGUGGCUACCUGGGGCUGUGGGUGCCCAUGCAGCAUGCAUGACCAUAGAACCGAAAUUUGUAGGUGUGUGGCCGCUUCGUGAGUAAUUUUGUGGGUGCUUGGGCACCCAGGGCCUCAGGGAGUUGGCACCUAUGUGCAGUAAGUAUUUGCUUGGAUCACUACAGUACUAACCUGCUGUUAUGGGGUGGAAGUGUCCAAUGACAAUCAUGUAAUGGGUCCUGCAGCUAUUUUAGUUCUCCUUUUUAAAAAUAGAAACAUUUACAUACCACCUUUUGCCCACGUCAAUGCCCCAAGAAUAGUCACCAGAUAUUAUAUUAAUAACAUUAAGGUGAUGUUACCUAAGAAUGUUUUAAUAAUAAUAAAAGUGAAACAAUAAAAAGCAUUUGUGUUCACAAACUUCAUAGCUGGUGGAGCCCAGUUUGAAGUUCAGGUUCUUAUGGGUUUUUUUUACUUGGAGUCAAGUUACUUUAGGAAGCAAUAUUAAUCACCUAUCCCUAUAGCUGUUUCAGUUAAUUAACUAUUGCAGUCUUCAUUGAAGAGUAAAAAAAUAUAGGUGGAAGUGAGCUAACAAGCCCCAUCAGCGGAAGCCCUAAAGAAGGACUUCUACUUGCAUUAUAGGGCUUUCCAUCCUCUCCUCCUCCAUACCCCUACACCCCUAAAGGUUGAUGAGGAGGGAUCCUGGAGAACCCCCAGAACAUCACAUGGGGAAAGGAAAGGAGGGUUCCGAUCAAAAGAGCGUGAUGCUGAAUUCCACCCCAGCUUCCCCAAAGCAAUAAUUUGCUGUUAUGGGUCUAUAAAUACUGUAAUUUAAUUGCAUGUAAUGUUUUUCUUCUUUGCAGAACUAAUUUCGUUAUAUCAUAUUUUAUGGACAUUUUAAAAACACUAUAAGGGAAGUAUUCAACUAAGUGUUACUCUGAGUAGACCCACUGAAAUUAAUGACCUUAACUUAGUCUUGUUUAUUAAUUUCAGUGAGUCUAUUCUAAAUAAAACUUAGUUGAAUGCUGCCCUGAAAGUAGUAUGAUAUAUUCUCCUCUGAUAUCCUCCUCUUUUUUUAUUCUUUUCUUUCUUUUUAAUUCAGCCUUACAGAUAAGCACCAUGCUGGCAAAGCAAUAAAUUACUUUAAACUGGUUUACCUUUAUUUUUGAAAUGUUUUUUUUAAAGAAGAAAAUAAGAAUAUUGCUUCUCAGUUAAAACAAAUUAUUUGAACUGGAUCACAUAACUUUAGUUCUAACUUUAAAUAUUUUUGUAACAGUGACAAUUUAUACCAAAUGACCUCACAGCUUGAAUGCAUGACAUGGAAUCAAAUGAACUUGGGAUCUCAACUUAAGGGGUAAGGUUUAUGUUUUUGUUUUGUUUUUAAAUCAAUCUUAUAUUGCAGAAUUAUGAAAUAAUUUAUUUUUUGAUAAAACAACUUAUCAAAAUAUUAAACUUCUUAGCAUGUGGAUAUUUGUCACUGACAUCCUGGCUGUUUAUGUUUGUGUGUGUGUUAGAUUUUGAAAUGCUCAAUAAAACCAUUUUUUUAUUGAGCGUGUUAAGCAGUUAAAGAGCACAAGAGAGCAAUAUUAUCUAAUUUAUUAUGAGCGAGAAGCAUUUAUAUAACACAUUAUAGGUGCGGAUUGCAUUCAUUUUAUAACAUUUGAAAAAAAUAUGGUGCAGUCAUAAGCACUUUUGAUAAUCAUACUUUCACUUACACUGGUGUAAUCUUGUAGAUUUACAGUAUCCAUUGAUGUACAGUGAAAUCUUAUUUAUGUCUACUCAAAAGUAAGUCCCAUUGAGUUCAGUUGAACUUACUCUCAGGUAAGAACAUACUGUAUUUUUCGCUCUAUAAGAUGCACCAGACCAUAAGACGCACCUAGUUUUUGGAAGAAGAAAACAAGAAAAAAAAUAUUCUGAAUCACAGAAGCCAGGACAGCAAGCAGGAUCGCUGUGCAGUGAUCCUGCUGGCUGUCCUGGUUUCUUGCUUGGCUGCGCGUAGCCUCUCCCGGGCAAGGGGAGCCUUCAUCCCCUGCCCGGGAGAGGCUGCACGCGGCUAAGGCUCCCCCAAGAGCUGUGCUCCCUUUAAAGAGUGUGCGGAGUGUGUGUGUGUGGCUCUUGGGGACUUUUCCCCGAGGAGGGGGAAGGGCUCGCUCCAUGAGACGCACACACAUUUCCCCUUACUUUUUAGGAGGGGAAAAGUACGUCUUAUAGAGCGCAAAAUACGGUAUAUGACUGCAGCCUGAUAGUCCCAUAGAUGCCUUGGCUGUGACAGUAUUCAUUCAUUGAUGUGGAUGGUAUUCUGGCCUAACCAGCCUUUUUAUUUUUGGGGUGACUUUCAGAACAGUGACACUAUUUUUCACCAGCAUUUCUUAACAAAAUCAUACACCUUGAAUAAACUUGCAGCUUUUUGGAAUAACUCCAUAAAUGGACCUGAUCAAAAUCUGUGCCUACUGCAUCCAGCCCUCCCAAAACUGCAGGGCUGUGUCGCAGGGAGCUGGUGAGAUGGAGAGCACCUAGGAACAGGGCCAGCAGACAGAAAAAUAAAGUUUGGGCAUAGUAAUCACAUGGAAAAAGCCAAGCUGACUAUUGCCUAGUAUAAACCCAAGCCUGACCAGGGAUACCAGAUGUUGGGGUCUGGGUGAUGCCUGGGAUUGGGGAAUUGAGUUCUCUGGGUUUGGAAUAGACCCAAGUGCUAAAGUUCAUCAGUUUGAAAAGGGUGUGGAGGGAGGGUCCAAUACAACAGGAUUUUAUUCACUUACGAUACAUAACGGAGGGUGGAUAGGUGGGGAAAACCUCGUUUGGCCCUUUAUUUUUCAGUCAACUGGCCCCAAAGAGGGGAAACCCUAAGGCUGAUCUGGAAGCUUUUACAGCUUUGCCAGGUCAGAAGAGACCAGUGGUCCGCUUGGAUGGGCUGUGUCACUCUGGAGCCUGAAGCAGGACUGUGGGCCUAGAGAUGAUUUAAUCUGUGGCCUUGCUUGCUCACAAAAAGAGCAACAGAGCUCAGGUCAAAGCCAAAGUGGCUCCCGGUUCCAGCCACAGUGGUUCCUGACAGUAACAAUGCCACAGCCCACGCUUUCCUUUUCUCCAUCCCUUUUCAAAUGUCUUAUUUUAAUCUUCCUCCCCAUUUCUUUAUACUUUUUCUGUCUCUCGCGUACUUUUAUUACCUUGGAUUCUCAUAGAUCUUACAUCCUUUGCCUUUGCUUUUCCGCUGUCCCUCCCAUUUUCCUUAGCUUCCUCCCUAUGGACCGGACUGUUGUUCUCUCCCACCUGUAGGGAGUGGGCUCCAGUCUGGCCACUGCUUGCCCAGAAAUUGUUUCCUGUUACCCUGGAAGCAGGAAGUCCUUCUUGAAGGAGCCGCAUGCUACUAAAGAUAUUUGAUGAGGCUGCAGGCAGGAUAUGGGGGCGGUUAUAGACAGUGCACUCCUUUCUUUCCUGAAGUUUGAACAGAGUGGGGAGAUGAAGGUCAUUAUAAGUAUAGCAAUCAGAGGACAACUUACAGAAUUUAAUGUUGGCUAGCAUGUUUUGGUGGAGUAGAACCUUUCGACUGUGUGAGUUAUAAAUGAUAUUUGUAUCUGGUGUGUAGAUUUGAAAUCAACAUUUGAGAGAAAAUAAGAAAAUGCAUUUUCACAAAUGAAUGGAAAAAAUGAUUCACUAUAUUUUAAAUAAUUAUAAUUGCUUUAUUUUCAUUUAUAUGUAAUUGCUUUUUUCUGGCAAGGUGUUUACUUACAUCUUCUGAGAGUAAAGCUGCAGUGUUUUAUUUUAUUUUUAAAAAGAUAGAUCAGUAUUAAAUAACUACAGUGGUACCUCUCGUUACGAACUUAAUUUGUUCUGGAGGUCCGUUCUUAACCUGAAACCGUUCUUAACCUGAGGUACCACUUUAACUAAUGGGGCCUCCUGCUGCCACUGCGCCGCCACCGCAUGAUUUCUGUUUUCAUCCUGAGGUAAAGCUCUUAACCCGAGGUACUAUUUCUGGGUUAGCGGAGUCUGUAACCCAAAGUGUUUGUAACCCAAAGUGUUUGUAACCAGAGGCGUCGAUUACCUAAGGUACCACUGUAAUAGCUAAUAGUUGGAUCCUUCUGGUGUUAGCAUGUUGAAAAUAAUUUUGGUUUGAAGAAAAGCAAAAUUCCUUAUCCUGUCUUUUAACAAUAUUUAUUUGUGGACUGAAAUCCCACAGUUCAAACAGCCUAGCUGCAACUGGAAGAGUUAGUCUCACUUAGUCUCACUGAGACCAACGUGUGUUAAGUGCGCAUUUCUCUGUGUUGGAAUUCCUCCACACCCUCUCAUUUGAGGUUCUGAAUUAGUUUUUCCUGACUAUGCUUUGUGUAUUUGUUGAAACCAAGCCCUAACAGAAGCAUGAAAAAUUAGAUCUGAGCAUUCCCCAUCCACACAUAAUCAAUUAUUGUCAAGAGAUUCUUUCUAAAAAAAAAAAAUAGUGGGAAGGGAGACAUAAAGAUGAAGAAGUAGUUGCUCAUCCAGGUCUCCCCCCCCCCCCCAAAUCCAGCAUGUGCAGACAUAGUAUGUACUUAUUAUACAGAAGCCCUGGAGUGAGCUGAAAACUAAAUAAAGAUAGAGUGUAAGUAAUGUGAGUUUGACAUGACACUAAACAGAAAUGGAUUAACCUAUAGUGCAAGAGAUAUCCUAACAUGUCACUGGAAAUCUUAACCAAAAUGUAUACUAUCUAAUUAUGGGGAGGUAGCAUUAUUAGAUAGCACUUUUAUUCAGUGCUACUUGUUUCAAAUGAUUCAGCACUGCAUAUGCUAGCAAUUAAAAAACAACACUUUUUCUAUUUCAGCUCAUUUUCUGUGUGUUGGACAUCAGGAGUCCCCCCCCCUUAAAAAAGAAAGGAAAUAAAAUUGGGCCAGUAAGCAAAUUUACAGUGAGAACAGUAUGAUGGAGCGCAUUGUUUAUGUUGCUAUGGCAGCACUGAGAAAACGUGUCAUUUAUUAUAUGGAAACUGCUACAUAUAAAGUCAUGCUAAGAUGACUGAAAAUCGAAACCUGUUGUUAUCUCAGUGGUGUGGUUGCAAUCCGUUGCGAAUAAACGUAAGUUAAUGAUGCUACCUAUUCAUCUUGGUAAGCUUAUAAAAGCAAAUAAGCCCUACUCCUAGGAUGUAUCAAACUGUUAUAUCCUCUAUUGCAGGGCUUGGGAACCCAUGACCCUCCAGGUGUUAUUGAACCACAAAUGCCAUAAUCCCUGACCACUGGCUGGGGCUGAUGGAAGUGCAAACCCAACAACAUCUGGAAGUGCACAGUUUUCCCAUCUCUGCUGGAUAGUUUGAGCACAGAUGGGAAUAAUAUUAACAGCACAUACCUCCAACUGAUUAAAGGAUUCUUAAGCUGCUUCCUUGGUGAAUGUUAUUGUAUGACCCAUGUAAUGUGUUUGCAGACUUGCAUGAGCCCCUGUCAGGCAAAAAUGCAGGAUACAAAUAAAUAAUAAUAAUAACAAUAAUGUACUCUUGCAUCCCAUUCAGAUAUGGUACUUGUUACAUUGCAAAAAAAAAAUGUGCAGGAUAAAAUUCACAUUACAUAGUAAUGUAAAAUGUAACGGUAACAUGGUAAUGAACUGAGGCCAAUGUUUCCAGCGGUACCUUUGACAUCUGGCAUGUAACUCACAGGAGAGAAAAAAUGCAAAGUAUACCAAGUUUCUCAACAAUCCAUCAUAUUACAUGGUUUUGAUUUUUUUUUUUAAAAAAAUCUCAAUACAAUACCCACUUCUGCCUUUUUUUUUUUUUUUUUUUGGGAGGCCAUUUCGGACUUUUCUCCUUCAUUGUCUGCAAUUUCCUCUUUAGAUAUGAUGUUUUGUCUCUUCUAGAGAAAAUAUCCUGCAAAAUGAAGAAGCAUAUAAACCUUGUCUGAGAUCCAAGUAAUUAAAGCAAGGAAGAGGUUACUCUUUAGGGAUCUGAGUGGUGGUGGAGGAGGAAACCCCCUGGCUUAAACAGAAAUAUUGAAAGUAGAAUGAAGACAAUAAAUGGCGUUCUAUGCAUCCAUAAGUGCAGACUUUUAGCAGUGAUGCAACCUGGGUUGUUUAGGAGGAAAAAGCAAAGAGAAGAUGGAAUCAUGAUGAACGAUCUAUGGUAAAGUCAAUUUAAAUGUUUUGGUAUAGGCCAAGAUUGUAGAAUCUGUGGAAAAUCAGAGCUAGACAUAGCCUCAUCGUUGGUAAUAUGAGCCAAAAUAGUUAUCUGUCUUCUUUGGCUGAGAGAGUUACAAAACACAGCGCCUUCAGUUUCAGUUGCCAUGAACAUAAGCUACUCUUCCUAAGAUUUACAUCUUUAAAAUACAUGGACUGUUCAUAAGGGAUUCCCAGGAGUGUAGUGUUUCAGAUGUUUCCCUCCUUCUUGAAGAACUUAAUGAAUAUUGGCAUCCUUCUUUGCAUUGAAAUAUGUGGCUUCUAUUUAUCUCUUCACAGAUUAUAGCCUUUAUAUACUUGCUGUCGUUUUCCUAUGUGAUUCAGUUAAGAUUUCCUUCCCAUACUAUACUGCAACAAAUGUUUGAAAAGGCUUUCCAAAUCUGAGAAAUGAUUUUUUUUAAAUGUACCAUAGCAGAUUCUGCUUGGGGGCAUAUGUGAUUGGACAUAGGCAUAGCCCUAAUAGUACACAAUGAUGGGUAGUGUACACAGAAAUCAUCUCCAUACCUAGCUUCUGGAACAGCCUUCCAGAAGAGGUAGAUGUUGCUGGAUUUAGGCCCCAACUUGUCAAACACUUGGUUUUAGUAUGACUGAUGAUUUUCUGAAAGGGCUACAUCCAUCAUUGCUGUGUGCACACUCAUAGUUGGAAUCACUGUCCUUUGAACAGUUCUCUUCAAGGGUCACCAAGCUUUGGGCCCCACCUGGAAUUUUGAGGAAGUGCCAUGGGCACCAGUCAUAAAAUAGAUGCCAUUGGGGUGUGACGCAACACAAAAUGGUUCCAUGGUUGUGACACAACACACAGUAGAUACUUUGAAGGCGCAACCACAUCUAAAAGAGCAGAAAAGGAGAUGGGAACAUAAAAUGGUGUGGGCAUAUCACUCACCUGUCAGCAACCUCAUUAAUUAGUGGGAAAGGUACCCAAAUCAGCCACUGCCACACUCAAGAGAGAGGAGCUCUUUGCAACUCUCCUCUGUUCAAAACAAAUGGGAAGGUGGGUAUCUAAUCCUGGAAUCCAGUGAAGUUUAAUGGUGUGUGUUCAGUGUAGAAGAGUCUGAGCCUGUGCAAACAGGAACUGGGCAGGAAGAACUAACAUGUUAUCAUGUAUUUUUGAACCAUAAACAACUUACCUAAGCCACCCCCCACCCCCACCGCUAUAUCCCUGUCCGGCAACUGUGCUCCCCAGAUUCGGCGCUGCUGAGAGUAUCACCUGCCCUGGAAGUCCACUUAGAAAAUGGGCUUUUAGUGUUGCAGCUCCAGAUCUCUGGAAUUAAUUAUGAGACAGGUGUCCACUGUUUAGGCACCUGAGGUGUGAUCCAGUCAUUUGUGAAAAAUUAAUUGUACAUCUAUAGAGUUUGCAGAAAUGGUUUAAAUUGUUUUCAGAAUUUGGAUUUAUCUUACUUUUUAUUGUGUUGUACACUGCUUUGAUGGCCUCAAUCUGCGAAGAGGUUUAUAAAUUUGGUAAAACACUGUAUAAAUAAAUAUAUAUAUUCUGAGACCUUUCACCAUAGGAAGUACUAGCAGGCAUGCUGGUAUCUGUGGGCACUGUAUCGUUGACACUGAAAUAAUAGCAAGUUCAUGUACUCCAUUGUGAGUAAACCUUAAACACAGAUCAAGUGAUGUAUAUGACAUUUGGUAAAAUCACACAUGCACAAAUGAGACGUGUUUUUCAGGACCCUAACCCUGCUCCUGCGACUGUGAUUUCAUAGAACCAGAGUUAUAACGGACCCAAAGGAUCAUGUAGUCCAACUCUCUGCAAUGCAGUAAUCACAGCUAUAUUUAACUGUUUUUAAUACUGAUUCUCAAAUUGUCCAAACCUACCCUCAGACCUGCUGGUGAAAGGUGGGUGAUAAAUUCUUUUUCAUAUUAAAACAGUACACUCCAAAUAUAAUCAAUUCACAUGACCCUAAAAUUAAAUUGCAAUUAAACCAAACCAUUCAUUUUGUGUUUGACAAAAAUGCAUUUAAAAUUAUGAUGAUGACUUAUUAUUUAUUAAGUGCAUAAUAUUCUAGAUACAAUUAAAAACAAAAGCCAAGCCCUUGCCAGUGGUGUAACAGUCAAUGAACAACAGUGGGACUAAUAACAAAGAACUACAGAAGGAAAUGAUAUGUUAUUCUAAGGGAGGUUCAUCUGCUGCUUCUUUUUCACAAUUUAUCUGCUAAUCUACCACUUUAAGCAACCCUUUUUUAUGCUACAAGCACACAAAAAGUAGAAGCUAGGAUUCCCUGCUCUGUGAAUAAGUUGUUAUAUUUCUACUGCUGAGAUUUCUAGUUUUUAUAAAUGCCGUGUGGGCAGAGCAAUUCUAACAAGGGACUAGGGAGAUGUGGAGUGGCAAAUUUACUGCUGCCUGUCCGGCUGACUCCUGCUGGCCAGGCAGAAAGGUGGUGCAGGCAGUAGGUUUUUUUGUGUUUUUUGUUUUGGUGUGUCAGCUCCAGGAUGGCAUAUCGGGAGGAGACUUGAAUCUAGCAGAUCCAAACUCUCUGGUGCCCUCAGUCCCUGACCCCACUCAUGCCCUGUUUGGGGGUUUUCUGCUGGAUUCCACCCACCAGGAUGAAACUCAGAGCUUCUACUGCCCCAGAACCUGCAUCCCCAACCAGCACCACUUCUCUCUGCUGGCGGAGAGGUGACUGUGCCAGCCUACCCCUUCCCCAUCCUAAGUGGGGUUAUGGGUUUUCUCUUUUUUUAAAAAAAUCCAAAGCGAUAUACAAUAAACUAUAUUUAAAUCACUGCAGAGGUUCAAAGUCAUAUAUUAAUCAUAAACUGGAACACACGAGGGCUUAUCACCAAUGUUUCACACUCUUUCCAAAUAGGUCAUGCUGAAGUAACACAUGUUCACAGAUGCACACGACCUUUUCUUUAUCCUGAUUUUACUGGCAUGGAAGUGCAUGCAGUGUACUUUGUUCACAACAGGGCUUUCUCACCUCCUUCCUAUCCCAUCAUAGCCUGGCAUGGCUUCUGAAAAAAAGCUGGUUCUUAAAAAAGAUCUUAUUCAAUCUAAGCCAAAAAAGAAAAGGUUGUCAGUGUUUGUAAAAAGAAAAAGAAAAAAGGAAAGGGUUCUGACCUCCCUUUGUCUCCUCAGCCUGGUCCUCAGACCCUUGUCGGCAUAAAAGAGUCCAUGAGAAAAGUAUCCUUGCAGAGUUUUAUUCUUAAAAGUCUUUGUGCAAAAGCAACUGACCAACUGUACACACCAACACUACCAGCUUUCACUAACUAACUAACUAACUAACUAACCAACCAACCAACCCAACUCAGCAACAAACUAAUAUUUCUCACUCUAUAUAUACAACCUGGUGCAGGCCGCUGACUCAUGCUGACCCAGCUUUAUUCACAUUAAAGAAACAGCGGCCAUUUUAGCCGUGACAAAGGUGUAUUAAAUCUAUACAACACUGCCAAUCUUUGACAAUUACUUUCUCCCAUGGUAUGUAGUUUAAACACUAAUGACCCAACUACAUUUCCGUCAUCCACUACUUUUUUUCAUGGUUAUGGUGGUUCCACUUGCAAAAAAAAGAAAAAAAAGAAAGAAAAAAGUUUUGGUUCUUUUCUUCUUCAAAUUGGUGACUUCCCAAUAUGAUCAGCACGUUAAAAGGAUUUCCAGAACACUGACUCCCAGCAAAUGUCAAGUACCUGCCAUCAUAAAAUUUUCUGGGAGCUGCCUGGUGCUGUUUCCAAGCCUGAAUAUAAUUCAAAUUAGAACUCAGAAGGCAAAGACUGCAAUAAGCAAUAGGUGCAGAUCAGGAUAUGCAUGAACAGAACCCCAUUCUCAACUUCCCCUACCCAGUAGAAGUGUUCUUUGGGCGUUUUGCAACAAGAUUGGAUGGGGUGUUGGGGGAUGAAGCAGGAAGGGGGAAAUGAAGGAGCUAAUUUAAUAGGUACAAUUAGCGGAGCUCAAUGAAAGCAAUGGGCUUAAGAGUACCUAACUGUUCUAGACUGUGGCACUGGCCUUGCUUGGGCAAUGAGAAUGUCUCAACAGAGUUUUACUUUUUUUAAAAAAAAUGUAAAUAGUCUUCAUAAUGCAUCUGUUUGGUAGUAGCAUUAUUACCAAAGAAAGCAGCAGUGUAUCUUUUUCAGUGCUAUGAUGACAAUUGUUUUAAAUAGUCAUAUUGAACAACAUUUCAUUAUUUUCCUAAAUGAAAGUGGCAUAUUUCCUGUGCCUCACAUUUUUGGCUGCUUCUCCAUGCUAAAAUCCUGAUCUCUUUCUUGAACUGCUAUUAAGUUAUGGCUUAAUGUGGUAUCUGUUCUGUGUAAUCUCCCCCCCCCUUCCCCCCAACUGUUUAAAAAACAUCCAGGGUUGAUGGUGAUGAAUCACUCAGUUUUCAUAUUUUAUGCUGAUGUUUGCUAACUUGCCUCUGGAUUCCCUAGAAAAAGCUUAGUACAUCUUUAUUAACCUGGGGCUCUAGUUUAUCCAUCUUAUGAACAAUGCCAGUGCAACAAAAUAAAGGUUAUGGAAGGAAGUAAUUCAAGGAUUCAUACUUUUCAGAUAUAUUUUUAUGAUUUUUUUUUAAACAGAGUUGUCAUGAUUCUUCAGAGCUGCUCUGUUUUUCAUCACACAUUUUAUUAUAUAAGAUAUACAUUUAAAUAGCCUUGGAUGUACUAUAUACUAUUAUGCUCAAUCAUUUUACAUUUCUUCUGUCCCAAGGAUCAAGUAUUUUUUGGUCGUCUAAACAGAGAAAUAUAUAAUGCUUGCUUAACAUUUUGGGGGUAUUUUUUUGUUUCUCGGUUGUGAAUGCAUCUUUUUUUAGCACUUGAAAUAAGGUGUUCAAACUGUUUGAAUUGGCAGUUGUGUUUUAUACUGCUCUAGGCUACUGUGGGCUAUUGCAGUAUAAUCCAGGCUGUGGGUUAUAUCCAAAUAAGACAUACUUUGAGUAGACCAAUUGAAACCAAUGGACUUAAAUUUAUUACAUCAAUAUCAACGGGUCUAACUUUGAGUAGGACUUAGUUGGCUACAGACUAUUUAUGCUGUUGCUGUUGCAAAUAUAGUUUUUGUCUUUUAUUGAUUUUAAUUAUUAAUUCAGUAUUUUUAAAAUAAUCUCUUGCUUGUAAGCCACCCAGGAAAUUUUUAAGCCAUCCAGGCAACUUUAUAAGUAAUACUUAGUAGUAGUAGUAGUAGUAGUAGUAGUAGUAGUAAUAAUAAAUCAUCCAUACUUAUAUAAUGCACAAAGACACAUGGAUGUUUUUUUAUUUAGGAACAGCAGUGGAAAUUUUAUUGACUAGUUACAUACAUCUUGGGGCCCUCCUGUGGUGCUGUGGUUUAGUGCAUGUGGCUGUUAACCAAAAGGUUGGUGGUUUGAGCCCACCGAGGGACAGCUGUGGGCAAGAUUCCUGCACUGCAGGGAGUUGCAUUAGAUGACCCUCAGGGUCCCUUCCAAUUUUAAAGUUCUAUGAUUCUAUAACAUUCGUUUUUUUCUAAAAUACUGACUGAUGAGGAUAAAAUCUACAGUUUCUCAUUGCUCUGCAGGUUAGAGAAUCCAUUUUUUAUUCGUGCCUCUUUCCUUUUCCAUGUUGUUUGUGUUGGGUCAUUAUAAUGGGAUGUGAUAUUUGGUGAGGGUUCCUUGGAUUAUACCAGGGGUGGAGCACCUUAGGCCUGGGGGAUGAAUGGGACCUUAUAGCCCUCAGGACUCUAUACAGGACACUCACCCACUGGCCAUGACCCUCAACAGCCAUGCUCUGCAUCUGCCACUACAUAUGGCUGGAAUGUCCCUUGAACUGUGAUAAUACUUCUUGCUUGCCUGGAUGGAGGAUAGAUAGUGGUGUGUGUGUGUGUGUGUGUGUGUGUGUGUGUGUGUCUAACUACAUUCACUUUGACUGCUCCCACAACUGACACGCAUUCUCCAGAAGUUUGCCCAUGGGCAAGUAACCUAGCUUCAAGGUAAAGAAGAGUUCUGAGCACAAAUGGUCCCCCCGCAAAAGGUCUCCAUCUAUGCCAGUAAUUUCCAUUCUGUGUGCUGUGCCAUAAGAAACAUAAGAAACCUGAGGCUACAGUCCUUAAAACAUACUUACUAGGGAGAAAGCCACAAUGAUAUGUACUUCUAAACAAGCAUGCAUAGGAUGCAUAGGAUAUUUAAUGCUGUAUUGUUUUUAACACUCGAUUGGGAGCCGCACAGAGUGGCUGGGGAAACUCAGCCAGAUGGGCGGGGUAUAAAUAAUAAAUUAUAAUUAUUAUAAUUAUUAUUGCCCUGCAUAUUUGCAGUCUUGCACAGUUAUCCGGAAGUAAGUUCCAUUGAAUUUCCAAUUAGGAAGCACACUGAGAUCAAUGACUGAUACAGAAGUCAAGGGAUGGGUGUUGUGUAAUUUCUUAACUCUUACACGACUUAAAGGUAAACUUUUUUCUUCAAGUGUAAGACUGAAAUGGUUCUCCAGUUUCAUUUUAGAAUAAAAGUGUGUGUCUCAGCUAUCAGAAGUCCGGUAAAUACAGGUUUAUAUUUAUAGAAAGUUAAAUGUUGCAGGAUGAAGUUCACUUAUUUUUAGCCUUAAACUGAAAGUCCUAAAUACUUCAAGGGAAAUGUUUGGGUUGCAUCCUUGCUGCACAGAGGGGGAUCACUGAUUUCCACAAGGUAACGAUUUCCUUGUUUGUUGAUUUUACUAAAGGUUAAGCUACAGUACAUCUUCCAAGCUGAUAUGUAGGUUAAAUAGUUAGGACUCUGAUUUGUAAUCCUAUCCUGUGGCUGCACCACUGCUGUUCUUGUAAAUGUCAUCACUUUCUCAGUCCUAUCUGGUUAUAUCUGAGUCAUGAGGUGCUGACAAAAACCCACUGCACUUAAUGUGAAACCUGAGGCAUUUUGCUCAUUCCAAAGAUAUUAGCAAUAGCCAACUUGGCAUUUAACUGAUAAAUAACUUGCACGUAUCUGCUGCAUUAACUUUUGCUUCUCUGUGUUCCCCCACCCCUAUCUGUACUAUUUUUUUUGCAGUAAUCAAAAUUUAAAGCACUACUAGGCAAAUCUUAUGUUCUCUCUUUGAAACCCAUGUUUGAAACAGAAUCACUAAGUUUCCAUUACGUUUCCUUGGUCUAUUUAGUUGUUUUCGGAUUGAAUGAAGGCCUGUCGCUAAUACUUCAUCAACAGAGUAUAGUUAAUUUCCAACCUUUGGCCUCUUUUUAUUUUCAGCCAUGCAACAGGAUAUGAAAGUGAUAACCAUGCAGGCCCUAUGUUAUACAGCUGUGGGGCCCAGUAUAGAAUACACACCCAUGGAGUCUUUAGAGGAAUACAGGUAAGUAUAUUGCAGAAAAUGUACAAUUCUAAAUGGAUUUCCAGGCUGUCAUUGGAAACUACUGCUUUUAAGUUAAGAACUUGAUCAGGCCAUGGUCCCAGAUGCCCAUAGGGAGCUCGCCAGCAGGACCUGAGCAUGACAGGACUCUCUCCCUUCCUGUGGUUUCCAGCAACUGGCAUUCAGAAUAAUUACUGCAGCUGACCAUGGAGGCAGCCAUCAUGGCUACUAGCCACUGAUUUACUUUAUCCUCCAUGAAUCUGCUGAAUCCCCUUUUAAAGCCAUCUAAAUUGGUGGCCACCACUGCCUCCUGUGAGAAUGGGUUCCAUACUUUUAACUAUGUGCUGUGUGAAGAGCUUUCUUUUGCCUGCCUUGAAUUCUCCAACAUUCAGCUUCAUUGGAGGUCCAUGAGUUCUAGCGCUUUGAGAGGGAGAAAAACUUUUCUCUAUCUACUUUCUCUGUGCCAUGCAUUAUUAUUUUUUACACCUCUCUACAGGAUCUUUUCUCUACUGUUCCACUGCAUCAGUAAUAAAUUCAGUGAGAAACUAUUGGCUGACUUAAAGAAAAAGAAACAACAGAAAUAAUUUUCAUUAGAACAAGCUACAAUAUUCCUCUAAAUGGGAAACUUCAAAGUGGCAUUGCGCUUUCCUAAAUAUUAGAUCUGGCAUGUGAUUAUUAACUGAAGGCCUGAAAUUUUCAUUUUUUGCUAAGCAGUAAUAUGUUAAAGCUUGUUUUACAGGAAGGGAAAAAAAGAUUAAUAAACAAAUUAAAUAAAUAUUAAUUACAAUAGAUAUGUUUUGAGUUUAAGGUAGUAUAAUUGGAGCAGUUAUUGCAUGCACUGCUUCCAGUUCUGAAAACUGGUCAUAUAAUAAUCCAAAUUCUUAAUGCCAUUAUAGGAUGUGAGACGAGUACCUGGAGUAGCUCCUAUGAUUGUUAGAUCAGCAGGUGACACAAAUGAGAAAAGACCUUUCAUGUGUGAAUACCCUGGCUGCAAUAAACGAUAUUUCAAACUGUCUCAUCUGCAGAUGCAUGGAAGAAAGCACACAGGUAAGUAUUUUAAUGGACUGCAAAAUUGUCCCUAGUUAGAAGUCUGAUUCUGUGCUUUGGUGUUUACUGUACUGGGAAUUGAACCCAUUCAUAUAAAAUGGCUAUUUACAUACCAACAGCAAAAGAAAGUGCUGAUUUGCAUAAAAUUCGCAUAGGUUUAUAGGUAUGCAAAUUUAUAUACAAAUUCAUAUGAUUUAAAUAGAAAUACAGUAUAUAUAAUGGAAAACACUAUGACUAGGUGACCUUUGGGCCUUCUUACUGCUGAUGGGGAACUUCAAGGAACUACUAUGGUUUUUAAUUAAGACUUGGAGUGGACCCUUCAAGUAGAAGACUCCUUCAGACAGUGGAAUACAUGACCAUGCUGUGUUCAUAAUCCCUCCAACAUGGGGCAUUUUAGGGUCCUUGGGCUAAAAAGAGCAAGAUAGUCCUUCACUGGUCACCUCUAAUAGGGAUGCAGUGUGUGUGUGUGGUUGCUUUGCACAUACAGCACAACUGAAUGACUACCUUAUUUGUCAGGCAUGGCCUCACAGGUCUUGAAGGGUUUUUUUUAAGGAACAAAAUGCUUCUGUAUAUCAUUCCAAAUUAAUGAUUCGUAUGUGAUGUUUUUCCAGUGAAUUGUGCUUGAUAAUACACACACACACACACACACACACACACACACACAGAUAUAUAUGGGGGUGGAGCUGGAUGUGCUCCAUAAGAUUCUUCUUUCUCAUCACCUAGAUAUUUAUACAUGACUGGCUCAUUACAUUUCCUGCAAACUGCUCACUCAGAUAGUGUUACCCACAGUUGGAUUAGAAAACAUGCAGAGCUCGGAUAGAAAAAUUUGGAAUUCAUACCAGCAUUUCUUAAUGUUUCAACACAGCUUUUGCUGACUUCUCAUGUGCCCUUUAACUGCUUAUUGAGUGCUUUCCUGGUUAUUAACAAUACCAUUAACUGAAACAUAUAAUAAUAAAAGGCAUCUGGUUGAUUUGGAGCAUUAGGAAGCUGAGAAAUACAACGGGGGGAAAGCAAUAUAAGCAAUACACUGGAUUAAGUGGUAAGAUUUCAUGGAGCUUUCAAUCACCAUUAACAUGACCCAGCAACUAUGAUUUGUGUUUUUGAAGGUUUUUUGGAAAUUGGUGUACGGUUUGGGAGUCUGAAAGGAAUGCAAUUUUGCGCUUUCAAGCCAAAAUGACCCCCCACCUCCUUCCCCCGUGCACUAUUCCAGGGAUUUGCCUGAUCCCACCCCCCAGAUGAAGGGGGGAAGCCCUAUUGCACAAACAGAAGUCCUUAUGCACUGAUGUGACUCAUUAGUAGAAUGCCACUCUUAGUUUUUUAAUCAGUGAAGUGUACUACUUUGUACCCAUCGGAGUUUUCUUCUCAGCAAAACUGUAAAAAUGUUUUGCACAGAACAAACAACCGUAUAACAGGCACAGUUCUUGCAACAGUUUUUCUAGUUUUGAAAAGCAAAAUUUCAUUACUUUAACAAAUUUAUAUUAAAGAUUUUUUUUGUAAAGUCAUGGCUUCUUCUCCAGGGAAGGAUACAGUGUGUAAAUUAAACAACCAUCUCUUCUUCAGAACAUUUGCAUAAGUCACUGUCACAAACCUGAUGACCUGGAGCAGCUCACCCCAGUUCAUACUGGGUCUUGUGGUUUUUAUUACACAUUCUUUCCUGACCAGGCCAUUUUGUUCCCACCAUCACUGUAGACUGGUCUCUUCCAAUUAAAGGAUUGCCUUUAGAGUUAGCUUAUGAAGUUGUUCUCUGUGAGCUUGCAAUCUCUGGGUGUGCAGUCUUUCCAAUCUCAUCCAGUACCCCAUUCCUCUUCAGAACAAUAAUGUUUUUCAAGGCCCAUGGAUCUAUUCAUGAACUUGGAGAACUAUACCAGUUAUGAGGUAUUAUACUAUGAGAGAAAAAGUAUCAGCCCUUAUAAACCCUUCUGUAAACUUGAUGCCAACUUUUCAGCUCUGGCUAUACAUUAGGAUGGCUACAUGGUAGCUUGAAUGACAGCCUACACCUGCUGAAAAGCCAUUUUAUACACAGGUAUUAAAGGUGCUGGAGGCACAUCUUCCUUUUCUGGUCACCCUAUGCUGCACUGAUGCAAGUUGCUGAGCUUGCUGCAAGCCCGCAUGCACAUACCAAGCUAAGCUAAAGAUCAGCAUUCCCAUAAUCACACACUGAUUACACAUAACAGACAGCAUCUCCUUGGUAUGACUGGUUUCUCACUCCCCUCCUAUAAGAAAAACAUUCUUGAAGAUGCAAUUGUGCUUCAUGACUCUUUUCCAAUCAGGCAAAUGGGUGGAAUUCAACACUGAGCUAGUACAAUUGUUCCAUCAAUGCAAGCAUUUCUGCUUGCUAGACUGAAUGACCUCUACUCUUCUCUCCCUGUGAGCUGUUCUGGAGGUUCUCCUGAUUCUCCAGACCUGAUGGGAGUGGAGAGGAGAAGAGGGGAAAUCUCCAUCGUGCUGGUGAAACUCAUUGCCCUGCUUCCCACUAGCACAAUUCUUUAGCAGAAUCUGGCCCCAAGUCUUUUGCACCUUAGAUUUGGGACCAGACAGUGGGAAGAUAGCUGUGAAGAUGAACUUUCCAUGUGUUUUCCUAAUUACCAAAGUCAAAAGGGGCAGGGAAGGAGUUUACUGGUGAUCAGUAUGGGGAUGUCCCUUAAACUUCACUUUUCUGGGCCCUUAUCAGUCUGCUGCCUCAACAGAAUAGAAUGAAGUAGUUUAACCUUGAGGAGAAACGAGUGGGAGACAGCUCUCUGGGGAACAUCUGCUAUUUCCUGGAAUGUAUGCACCGAGUGUAAUCUUGAGGCCAGUUUAAAUUUAUAGAUAGCCAGUGUAUAAAAAAAGUAUCAUGAAUGGGGUUUUCUACAUAACCACAAAGCUCUUUGGAAAAUAAAUACACGUGGUCUUUCUUCCUGUAAAUGUUUCAUAGCUGGUUUAUCAGGUAUUCCCCAUUGAGUGACUUUCCACAAGUUUCUGUUGCUUACAUUUUCAGUGGUAAUGAUAUCUGUCUUCACCUUUUUGGAAGGAGAUGGGAAUAGGUUUUCUGAUGUUCAGCACAUUAAAUUUACCAUGCUAUAAGAAUAAUUUGUGCACCCAAGCAUGAAUGCACAGUAGCAGCAGUCUGCAUUAUGGAUAGAUAUGUGGUGGUCACCCUUAAUCUAUGGCUUUCAGUAGGUCACAUGUUGCUCAUCUAGUCCCCUUGUGUGCUGCUGAGCAGGUGCUUUCUAUGAGCCCAAUCCGUGUUAGAAAUGUCCAGAAUUUAGCAUUGUGCUUCUGGCAUCUCAUAUCUCAGCAUGUGUCUGAAUCAUUUCUGAUGUUUACUAGAAAUUCAUAGGUAGCUAAUUAUAGGGAGGAGGGCAGUAGCCCAGUGGCAGAGCACAUACUCUGCAAGCAAAAGGCCCCCGUCAUUUCUGCAUAAUGACACUUCACUCCAAAUCUCCUAAUGACAGCUCCCAGGGCUUCAUAUAGGUGUUACAAAGCAUGGGGCACAAUACGUAACCUUGCAGGACACCACAGGGCAACUCCCAUGGCACUGUCCUAAGUUCUUAACCCUUAUUUCAGGACACAAAUUGCAUCGGAAGCAUAACAAGUUGCCCCAUGUUAUCAUUCAACAAAGUGCUUGGGACCUAGCAUACGUCUUACACUGAAUAAUAGUAAGAAUAAUCAGAUAAUAGUAGCGAUAGCUCAAGAAGAACACACAGAAGCUAUAAGAUUUGUAACAAUGCCAAAAGCCAUUCAUACAUUAUACAUGGUUUGCUGUUCAGCAUAUAAUUCCUGACAAGGGAACUGUAUGAUGCCCAUGUUUGUAUUUAUGGGUGUAAACUUGAAACAUCUUAGGCAUAUAGGGUUGCAUCUGACUAAGUCAUACUAAGAACAGUGCUUUCCUCCCCUAUAAAAAUAUUUAGAGAUACUCUCAUUUUGUCUCAAGAAAAACACCAUUUUAAAGUUCAAAAAUAAAUACAGUAAAUGGACAAAAGUACAAAGAUUCACAAAAUGUUUAGGGGUAUGGGUACCCCUGCAUACCCCCAGAAAAAACCAUUGCUCAAGAGUAGAUCCACUGAAACUAGUGGAGGUCAAUUGAUUUUAAUGGAUUGAGCAUAAUGGAUCUACAUUGAGUAUGGCCUAGUUGGAUACAACUCAUGAAGUGUGACAAGGUCCUUGGGUUAUUGAAAAUUUCUUGAUUACAUAAGUGGCUUCAUGCAUGUUUUACAUCAAAAUCUAAUGUGAUUUCCUACAAUGACAAAAGUUUCUAUUCGGAAAUGCAAAGACAUGUGAAGAUAAGUAAAAUUCUGAAAAGGGUAAAUGACAUAUUCUGUUUGAAAACAUUCCCACACAUAGAUGAAUGACAGCAGAGGUCUGUAGCAGAUGGUUGCUGUAGCUUAACUUGAGAAAGAUAUAACAGUUCCAGUAAGCCUGAUAAUAACAGAAGACCUUUGUUUGCAAUGUGGAAGCAGUGUGAAAUGUAUCACUUCAUGCUGCUCAAAUGCUCAUGCUUUAGAACUGCAUUUGCACUGAACUUUGGAGACUACAAUCUGCUCAGUGCAUUCUGUUCCACCAGCAUUCUCUGCCUUAAAUCUGCCAAGGCUUCAGCCUUCCUCACAAUCAGUUUUAAGGCGCAGCAAUUCCUACAGGGACCUUGUGGCCAGAUUUAAAAGGAACUGUUUUAAACACAUGUGACAAAUAUAACUUUUUGAAUAAAUAAAUUAAUCUGAAUGGACAUGGAAACAACCCAUUUUGGGUUUUAAAAGCCAGUAAACUCCUUUGGGUGACUUCCACAGGAAGCUAUAAAGAUUCUCUUACAGAUAUCCAACAGAAACGUUUAGAUAUUGAACUCCUUGCUUUCAGUGUAAAUGUGAAAGAGCAGUUAAUAUGGGUGAUGUCGCUUGUCAUUUGGAAAAGACAUAACGAUGUUUCAAAGCAGUUGCUUUAUGGCAUGCUAGCAAAAAUAACUCUUUUUAAUAGGAAUAAACCUAGUUUACAAAAGAAUCAUAUAACAUCUUGAAUAAACUAGAACUGAUUCAGUGUUUAUUAGUCCUGAAGAAAUGUAGAAAUGCAUGGCACUAUGCAGGAUUCAUAGCUGUGUGGUCAGAGCAUAUGCUUUGCAAGAACAAGCCAAAUCACUAGCAUCUCUAGAAGAUGAAAGGGAUGCAGGGGAACCCAGACUGAAACUCACUGUCACUCAGAGGAAGUCUGCUUUGCAUUUGUAACAAGCUAGUCCUUUAGGGUGGCAGCACCUGAACUUUGGAACUCCCUGCCUGUUGAUAUUAGGCAGUCACCAUCACUACCCUUUUAGGUGCCUGCUGAAAACGUCAGCUUUGGCAGGCCAAUCCAGACACAAGAUUGUGUUACACCUGCUCUUAAAUCUGAUUCAUAUGUUUUAUUGUGCUUUAUUGUUUUUAGAUUUUUUAUUCCUUUUAAAAAUGAGUAUAAUAUGUUUUCAUUUUAUUUUUAAUCUUUUUUUAAAAAAAAUAAUAAUAAUCACAGAGGUGUUUGCUCCCCUGGGCUCCUUUGGGAGGAUGGAUGGGAUAUAAAAGCAACAAAAUGAAUAAACUGUGCUAGAUGCACCCAUGUUCUGACUCAGUAUAAGACAGGUUCAUAUGCACUCCUCUGUUUCUGAACAUCUGAAUUGACCAUUGACUAUAAAUAUCUUACCAAUACACAUUUGCCUGUUUUGCUUUAAAUGCAAUUUUUUUUGUAUGCUGUUUUCCUUCCUUGCCAUCAAAAUAUUGAAAAGUUGGGACAUUACAAGUAUAAGCACAUGGCAUUUCUGUCUCAAAAUUGAAAACUGGUAUGAAAUGACUUAUUGUGACAGAAUGAGGCAUGUAUAGAGUUAUUUCCUAAGCCUCUUGCCCGCAAAGGGUCAGAACAAAGACUGCCACCACUCUGGAUGUUUAUCUGGCCUCUAUAGAAAGCCCUACUAAAAUCUCAUAUGAAUCAAACCCCAGUAUUUUUUUUAAAAAAUUGCUAAAUCAUUUGGAAGGUUCUAUUAGACAUGGUUUCUUACUUGCCAGUCGCAGCUACAAUUCUUUAUGCUGAGAAAUGGAGAUUGAGCAAUGAAGCAUCCAUAGAAGAAUUUGGGAGGAUGCCCUUAUGGCAAAGUUGACAUAUUUUACUAGAUCUAGAGAACAAAAUCAAAAUCACAGUUAGGAGAAUUUUGGGGCAAGAUGAAGGCAUGGCCUUUCUUCCAACAAAUGUUAUGGUCUCACAAUCUAUUAAUGUUGGAAGAAAAUAAGCAUAUUAUUUAUGUAACUUUAUCCUUAGUUAUUUUUGGGAAAUUGCCACUUGUGAUCUUGAAUUAUUAAUCACUUCCAGUACAUGUUGACCUUCUUCAAAAAUAAAAAAUCAAAAAAUCAAAAUCAAAACAAAGCAUGGGCCCAGCUGUGACUUUGGUAGACAGUGACUGAAUAUUCUCAAAACAUAAGAUGCAAUUAAGAAGUAACAAGAGUCCUGGUCAUGGAAUGGGCUAUGAAUCCACAGAAGCUCCUGUUCAAUGUGAUUCCCCCUUACACUGCAGUCUCCAGUAACACCUCUCACUCUCAUUUGGAAGGUUCCCUCUUCCUCCGAGCAGAUUUAAGGGGGCUCAAAGGGCUACUUCAGGCAGAAAGGUGAACCGGAAGAAGUCACCUUCUCCCCACCAUUCAAUGGACCUUCAUUCAUGCUUCGCUUGGAUCCAGCCCACUGAAAGCCCCAUUAUGCAAUCGAAAGUCCUCAUUCAAGUCUUCUGCUGCCGGGGUUGGUUUGGAAAAUCCCACCCUUGGUACUUAAAAUCUACAAGGUUGUCAGAACAGCUUUUAAACUGAUUUCUGAUGGCAGAAAACUGACAGAAUCCGACAAACAUCUGUUUCAGGAUUAUCGUUCCUAAAGGAAUUUUAACUUACUUUGCAUUAAGUACACAGAUGGGGUAACUGCAGUAUACAUAAAUUGUCAUAUCCAUAUACUGGUAGCAAAAUAAACUGCUUUGCCACAAUUCAAAUGUGACUGCAUACCCAAUUCUUUCCAUGCAGAGAUUUUCCUUGAAAAUGACUUAUAUAAAGCACCCCUGCUACAACACAGAUAUAUUCACCUCCUUUAAAUGUGUAUGUGAUUGAAAAUUGUUCUAGUGUGUUUUAUGGGCUUUUAUUUUCCAACUUAAUUCAUCUUUUUCAAAUGAAACUUGUUCUCCCUAAGGUGAAAAACCGUAUCAGUGUGACUUUAAGGACUGUGAACGAAGAUUUUCUCGUUCAGAUCAACUCAAACGACACCAAAGACGACAUACAGGUUUGUUGCAUGCCUUGGCUUUUGAAAUUUGUAGCAGUUUGCAGUUUCCAUAACAUAGAGUAUGAAAAAUUGAAUUCUUAUUCCUUUCUCUCCUCCUUGCCCCUGUAAUUCAGGAUUAUGGGCUCAUGUGUCAUCAGUUGUUUGGAUACAUUGAAAUUUAAACAGCAAAAAAGCAGUUUAUUGAACAUAUGCAGUGGAUAUUUUCAUAUAUCAUUAAAUUGUAGCAUGGCUAGCAACACUAACACUUCUGUUUUGGGGAGAAGCAAAAAGAUUUGUGCUUUUGGUACAUAUUGUUAGAUGCAGGAGAAUCCAAUUGUUUUUAAGAGGAGUCAGUGCAAAGAACAAAUAUGCUGUCCAUUGAUACAGGUGAUCCUGAUGAAUAAUACUGUGAAAGGGCUUAUGCAAACUUCACUAAGUAGAAACAUUGUUAUUUGGAGAGCCAUUACAUGCAUUUAUACAUUUUAUUUACAUGUAUAAUUUAUAAUAUAUUAUUAAUGCAAACUUAAUGCCUGAUGAUUUUGAUGUCUUUAUUCUGGAAUUGUUAAAUCACUUGUGAAAAGCCUCUUGUCUGUGUCUCGGUAUUUCAAACAAAGCAGCAGAUAAUAUUGCUAUUUUGCUUUCUUGGUUUUCUUGACAACAGGGAUGGGGAAACUUCAUCAGAUCAAGGAUCACGCUUCCUGACAGGCAAUCUUCUGGGGGAUACAUGCCAGUGGUGGGGACGGCCAGGCACAACAGUGGGUGGCUCAAUGGGUGUGACUCGUGCCUUUGUGCAGUAGGUCACAUGCAAGCUAUACAAAAGUCAGAGAGACCUUUCAUCAGAGAUGGCUGCUUCUUCAGCUGUGACUGUUCCUGUACAAAGAUAGCCUAGCCACAGUGAUCUAUGCUCUGGUAACCUCCAAGCUGGACUACUGUGCUGCAUUAAACACUUCAUUUAGUGCAAAACAUGACUACUAGGUUUUUAAUGGGUACAGCCAGAGCAAUUUAUAUUACACCUAUUUUGGAAGACUAGUAUUGGUUGCCUAUUUCAACCUGAGCCCAAUUUAAAAUGCUGGGGCGUAUUUUUGAAGAAAGUCAGAACCUCUGAGCUGCCAGUCUAAUUUGAUCCAACAGGCUAGUUUGGUUCAUGAGGUGGCAUUUCUCAGCCCAAACAUCCAGCUGCCAAUCACCUGACAAUGGGUGCGCUUACCGUGGCCAUCAGAAGUGAAUUUUGUGCAAGAUGCACUUUUCAUGGCACUGUACAUUGUUAACUUUCAGCUGCCCUGAAGCCCUCAAUUUCAAAGGCUGGUGGAUGGUGAAGUUUAACUCUCUCUGUCCAGCCCAACAUUCUUGAUGAUGAUACAAUCCAGCCCCUCCUCAGUCAUCAGAUCAAUCAUGUGAUGAGUAGGAAGGGGGCAAUAAUCCCCCCCAGCUAAUCUACAGGGGGAUGUUGGGGGAUGUGCCCUGUGCAUUUGCAAGUGAGAGUGUGGGGCAGCCACACCAACUUUCAAUUACACCCACAAGCAGGGGCAUACCUGGGGGUUACUCAGGUUGGCCCCUCCCAAGGGCAUAGGCCCAGGGAGGUGCAAAAAGUGUCUCGGAGUGACUAGAAGCCCACCCGCCCAUCUGCAUGCUCCCUGGGCAGGACUUCCACUACUCUGGGUGGCCAGGUGAGACACGCAAGCUCCUCUGAGCACCUUGGCAGAAGAAUUUGGUCACUGGAGUGCACCAUCGCAACAUCUCUGCAGGGGGCCCAUCCCAAUUGGCUAGGGGCACUAUUAGAAGUGUGAGUGGAGCACCCAGCAGGGCUUGGAGGGAAGAAAGCUAAAGAGAGUGGGCGAGAGUUACAGGAGGAGGAAAAAGGAAGGGAGGGAGGAGGAAGGACACAGAAGGGAAAGCAGUGCAUGGAGGGAGGGAGGGAGGUGAACCAGUGGAGGAGGAGAACGGGGGGAGGUGGAGCAGACCCAAUGGAGAUGGCCAUGGAGGAAAUCACUGGAGGAGUGCAGAAGGCAACAAAAAGUAAACUUUUUGAGUUUCUGGUCCAUGGUCUCUCCUGGCUUUGGAGGAACCAAUGUAUCUCCUACCAAGGGUGCAAGAGAAGGGUGGAUGGGUGCUGAUACAGCUCCUUGCAAAGGGCGCAAGAGAGCCUAGGGAUGUUGCUGCCCACACGUGGCAUGUGCCCCUCUUCCCAGGUUGGUCAAGGAUGAAUGUAUCCCUCAGACCAAAAAAGGUUAAGUACCCUUGCCAUCCAGUUUCUCCAAUUUACUUCAGCACUCCAUGCCAUAUUCCAUACUAUCCCAGAAGUCUCCAAACCCUCAGGAGCAGCUUUUUGGAAGGGAUGGGGGAACUUAACCAGGUAGGGAGUGAAUAAAAGAAAAGAAAAUGCCUUGGCUUUUGGAAGUGCUUUCUGCUAGGGGAAACACACCAUUAAACAUUUUUUUUGUGGGCAUCAAACAUUUUGUUAACAAAUAUUAAAACUUUAGGCUUGGUAAUGAAGGACAUGGAAUAUUGUGCUUAGCUUUAUGGUAGGUUAGCUCUUUUGUUGGUUAGCAUAUCCUUUGCUGGAUACAGAAAGUAAAUUUCCUAGGUUAAAGCACAUAAUUUAUGGACCUUUUUUUUAACGUGUUAGGAAAAUAUGUAGAAUAUUGAACAAAAGUAAAUUUCAAAUUUAAAUGAAAUAAUGCCCCAGCACCAGAGCGUGUUCCUCAUUUGCUACUUUUCAAGUUACAAAUCUGGUAGUGAGUUAAUCCUUACUUGCUUUGCCAGGAACAAAGGCACUGUGAAAGCACUAACUGGUAAAAGAGGGUUGAAGAAAGGUUAUGAAGUUGAGACGCCUGAUUAAUGACCUUUGGGAUGUGUAGGCAUGUGCAAAGAGAAAGAUUAAUUUCAGUAACUAUUAAACAACAAACGCAAAGCAAAAAUCCAUAGUUUGGAGGUCAUAAGCAACUGGUGUCCCUCACUCCUCUGAAAAGGUAUUGGAACAUGGGACUAGACUUCUUUUAUCUAUUUAGGUGUGAAACCCUUCCAGUGUAAAACCUGUCAGAGAAAGUUCUCCAGAUCUGACCACCUGAAGACUCACACCAGGACUCAUACAGGUAAAACAAGUGCGUAUACUUUUUUCCCAUUUAUAUUUUUAAAUUUCUUUUACCUGAAUUGAUUUUGCUAUGUUUUAAAUGCAUAUGAUAGUUCCAGGAAAUUAGUGAAUGUCAUAAGAGGCAUGGGUUAGAGUUAUCACUAUCACAUGGUGGAAAAGUAAAACUCAAAUAAGGGUGCAAAAUAUAAAUAAAUGCUGAAAGGUUUAGAGCUUUUCUAGGUGAUAUCGGCACUUUUCUUUUGGUGCUAUAUGGAGAUGUACUAAACAAGUGAUCCUGCUUAGUCCAUCCUAUGAAGCUUCGUGUGCCUUCACCUGAACAUUAAGUAUUUGAAAAAUAGUGAGAACUGCACUGAAGCUGGAGACUGUAGGAUCAUAUUUUGAAAGGAAUGUAAAAAUUAUCUGCUGCUUUCAUUAAUGGGUCAUCUACAAAAAAUUCUUAGAAGUUUAGAGUGGUGUUGCCACUACAAAUAAUCAAUCCCCCUCUUUGUAUAUCUCUGUCAGGACCACAGCUCGGCAGAAGAGGAGAUUUAGCUUUCACCCUGCCCCAUUUUCUUGUAAAAAAUCAUAUCCCGCAAUACAUAGCUUCUGUUUGUCCCCAAAGCUGCCAUUUUCUGCAGCUCUGGGGGCAAGUUGCAGCUUCAGGUAGGGGCAAUUUUCAGCAGCGCAGGAUUGCCGCCAGAGGAAGAGUUAAACCCUACUUCCUUGUGCUAAAGUGCUGAUCUGAAUUGUGGCCUUGGUGCUGCAUGAGAUUAGUGUCGGAUUUAGGGUGAUGCAGGCGGUUUUCCUGCACAGGGAACUGAGGCGAGGGGGCACUAAAUAAUAAUAGUAAUUCGAAAGAACCAAUAUUUAUAAGUGUACCCUUUAAGAUCCAUAAAAAGCCACUGAACCAAAAGGAAUUAUUGUGAAAUAUCAGAAAUAGAGGGUGGCGGCGGUAGUUUUUGUCCUCGCUUAGGGAGCCGUAUUACCAAAGUUUGCCUCUGAUGGGGUUCAGAUACACCAUUGACAUAGAACGUAGUCCGCUUCUGAAAACUGCAGUGCAGAGAGUACUAGUUAUGCCACUUUUGUGCUGAUCUAUUCUUUUGAGGUCGGUUGCCUCUUCAGUACUGUUGUGUUAUCAUACUAUUGUGUUCAUUGCUGAAAGUUGGUGGGGUUGGGAUGGCCAAUAAUGGGCUGCCUUCUAAUGUGAAAAGGAAGCUGAAACUGGCUUGGCCGAGAGUAGAAGUUCCCCAUUCCUUUGUUUAAAAGUGAGUGGCACUUCUUAAAGAUUAUUGUUGAUUUGGUUGUUUUUAUUGUUUAAUGGUAAUUUUCUGUAAGAUGCCUUGUGAGCAUUUUCCCAUAAGGGCAUAUAAAUCUGUAAACAAACCAUAAACAAAUAACUGCUUUAAACUACAGGAGAAUAUCAUUCCAUGUCUCAGUUCUGUAUAGAUUUUGAAUGUUCAUUUCCCACUGAACAUAACAAUAGAAGCUAUUGCCCAGAGUAUGAUAUAUAGGGAGAUGAAGCAGUUCUCCUGCUGAAGCAAACUAGAUCUACUCCUGAGCAUUGCCUGGAUGGGAGAUCUGUUGGAGGCAUAAAUAAGGCACUCUGAGCUUUUUCGGAGGCAAAGAAUGGUGGAAACAUAAUUAAUAUUUUUAAAUGAAAAGUAAUAGAAGCUAAAAGCACCAUCCAUCUCCCUUUGAAAUCACUAGGCUAGACUCCAAAGACCUUGAUGGAGCACCAUCUAUUUAAAAGUUAGGGACACGCUUCUAUUGACAAUUUCUAUAUGCUAAGAAGGGAUGGGCCUAGAUGAUAAAAAAAUCAUCCUGUGACAGUUUAAUAACUCCGUGUUUUGUUGACAGGUGAAAAGCCUUUCAGUUGUCGGUGGCCCAGCUGUCAAAAAAAAUUUGCUCGGUCUGAUGAAUUGGUCCGUCAUCAUAAUAUGCACAACAGGAACAUGACUAAACUUCAACUUACGCUUUAGAUGUUUCACACUGUCUGUACAAACCAGAUGGACCCUAUGAACUACUGCAAACAUUUCAACCAUUGUCUGUCGAAUCUUUAGGAAAUCUCAGAUGCCUUCAUAAUGCGGUUGAGACAAGUUAACUAAACUGUAGGAUAAUGUUCAGUAUAGGCCUCAGCUUAGAAUUUUGAACCUUCCUAUUCCAAAACCUCUAUUUGUAACAUUAUUAUAUAAUUACAAGUUGACUAUGUUAUACUUUAAAUAUUACGAUAGACUUUAGCUAUGUAUAUUUGUUCUUUCCUUAAAAGGUUUUGUACUUUUUAUUUCUUACUUGAAAUUUGCAAGUGCAAGCUAGUGCUAUGUCAUGCUCAUAUAUAAAUGAUUGGUAUGUUUGAAAGUCUGUUCCAUGUAUACUGUGUGCUUACUGCAAACACUGAAGUUUCAAAAUACUGAUGCAGUCCUGUACAAAUAUUGAGUCAAUUUUAGUAAUCUUUGUACUGCCCAAAUGGGACAAUUUUAUAUCGUUCUGUGAAUCUUCAGUGUCAACCAUUCCAAUAUCUUGCUUACAUUCCUCAGAGUUAUGGGUGCUCUAGUAGUUUCUUAUAUGCACAUGCAAUUCAUCUGGGGGUUGGAUGCACACUUUGAUGUACACCAGAGCCCCACAAUUCACAUAGGCUUGUGCAGUUCCCACAAUAGUUUACACUGAAGAGAGGGAAAACAAAGGGACCAGUGUGGCUGGUUUCAGAAAGUCAAUAAAUAGAUGUAUAUGGGGGAGGCCAGGACUGCACAACGCCUUUCCACAACCUGUGCAUGCUCAGUUUAAAGUCUGCACAGAACUGAUGAGCAUAUAGGUAUAUAUGAAUACGCUUCUCUAUGCCCGAUCGGGAAACUUCGUUUUUCAAGAUUCCUGUUCAAGUGGAGAGAACCCUAUACAGUGGUAUAGACAUAUGUGUUAUGCAGACUGGUACAGUGGUACCUCGGGUUAAGUACUUAAUUCGUUCCGGAGGUCCGUUCUUAACCUGAAACUGUUCUUAACCUGAAGCACCACUUUAGCUAAGGGGGCCUCCUGCUGCUGCCGCGCCGCCGGAGCACAAUUUCUGUUCUCAUCCUGAAGCAAAGUUCUUAACUCGAGGUAAUAUUUCUGGGCUAGCGGAGUCUGUAACCUGAAGCGUAUGUAACCUGAAGUGUAUGUAACCCAAGGUACCACUGUAAUUGAAUGUGCCUUAGGCAGGAGCAACAUUUAAAUGAGAGAUGCUUCUUGUCCUCCUAAGCAGCCAAGAUGUGAGUCAUCUGACUCCCAUAUUUAGGUGCCAGCCACCACUGAGCACAAUAUUUUUUGCACCCCAAUGACUUGGUUUGUAACCAACCCCAUCGUCUUGCUAUUGGAGACUCUCUUUCUCCUCCCCUAUUGCCUUGAUGAAGGGCAAUAGAAAGAAGUGCUGGUAUACUUGCAGUCUUCUAAGGAAGCUCAAACAAUAUGUUACAUUGGACUUUCCCUUCCCAUAGGAGACUAUGAGAGAGAGACUAUGAGAGUGUGUACGAUCUGCAAGAUCACUAGCUUUGCUUCUAAAACUGGUAAAGUUAGAGGAACUGAUAUUUUUCUAUACUGAAAAUGAAAAUCUUGCAUUGAAGUUAACUUGUUUUAACACAAACAGCAUUAAUGUAGAGAAAAUGUAUGUGUUUUUUUUUGUAUUUUGAAGCUGGUUUAAAUUUCAGCUUUUUAAUGUUAAAUAUUCCACUUUGAGAUACAGAUCCUCACACAAAGUAAAGUCAGUAUCAUUGUAAAUGUUUAGGAUUUGUUUAACAUGCAGCCAUGCUGGUUAUAUGGCUAGCAAAAUGUGUAAAAUAAAGUUAAAGUUGAACUCAAGAAGAGGCUGGUCCAGAAUUUCCAUUAACAUAUGGCUCUUAAGCUACACAAAUAGCUCUUAAGUGACUUGAACGUCUUCUCAUUUACAAUUAUAUGUGCGAAAAUAAAUGCCCAAUGUGAGGAAAUAUAUUAUUUCAGGGUUUAGGGGUUAUUAUUUACGAUUAAUUGUUUGAAGUGGUGUAUAUAUGUCAAUAAAUAUAUAUCUAAUAAUGUAUUGCUCUUAAACAAUUAAAAUUAGAAAGUGAACAAACAUAAUUUAGAUGCAUCACGGUUCAGAUGUUGCUAUAAGCUAUUGAUACCACAAAGACUGUAACCUGCAUUUUUCACUGAGCUUUCAAUUAAAGCCCAUUUAAAAAGAAACAAAUAA